GAGGAAAGAGGAGGGGAGGGAAGAAGCCCUGCGAGUGCGUAAAAAAGUCCUCGCCUUGGUGACGGAUGCUCAAAAGUUCAGGAGUUUUUCCAAAUGCUUCUCCGAGCAGCGCGCGGCUGAAAAGAGAACUGUAGGAGAAACGGAGGCAGGAGGCCGCGCUGAACAACCGCAGACCGCUUGGGGAAGGUGGUUUUUUGGGGUCUUUUUUCAUACUUGAGUCCAAGAGAGAGAGAGAGAAAAUAUCCGGUCUCUCGCGCCCCUCCAACCAACGCACGCUGCUUCUUCCUUUUGGUUUCCUUCGCCUGCCUCGGUCUUUAUUCCUUUUUUAAAGGAAGAAAUCUCAACCUGUUGUCCACCUCCGUGGAAGAAGAAGAAGGGGGAAGGAAAGGCGCUCGGGAAAUAAGGUUUUGUGCGCUCAGCUUUACGCGAGGGAGCGCGCGCGAUUCCAGUUUCGCCCUUGAUGGAAGUAACUGGCUUUUCCUCUCGGCGGCGGCCGCUUCCGUGGAGGGUCGGCGCCUUGUUUUAAGAAGAACAAGAAGGAGUAGCAGCAGCAGGAAGAAAAGGAGACUUAUUUCCCCUCCCCACGACCAUUAUCAACCUCCCCCCUCUCCUUCGCCCGGGGUCCUUUCCAUUUAUUUAAUUUUUUGGCCCGCUUGAGCGGGGGAGGGGAAAGCAGCAAACUUUAACGGGACCCCGAAGUUCUCGUCCGCUUGCUUGCUUGCUUGCUCCCUUUUCGGGGGAGGAAGCGGGGCGGAAAGGAAAGAUCCUGGUCGCCUCUUCUGGUUUAUACUUUUUUGGCUCUGGAGCUGCGGAGGGGUGGAGGGGGGAAAGCAAAGGCGGAGGCGGCGGAGGAGGAGGAGGCGGCGGAGGAGGAGGCGGAGGAGGCCAGUCUGCUGCUGCUGCUGUUGCUGAAGCUGCUGCCGCUUGGUCUGGCUGGCUGGCUGGCAGGGAGGCCAUGCAGGCUCGCUACUCGGUCUCCAGCCCCAACUCGCUGGGAGUGGUGCCAUACCUGGGCGGCGAGCAGAGCUACUACCGCGCGGCGGCCGGAGGCGGCUACGCGGCCAUGCCGGCCCCGAUGAGCAUGUACUCUCCGCACCCGGCGGCCCACGAGCAGUACCCGGGCGCCGGCGGAGGAGGAGGAGGCGGAGGUGGUGGUGGAGGCGGCAUGGGCAGGCCGUACGGCCCUUACCCGCCUCCGCCGCAGCCCAAGGACUUGGUGAAGCCUCCGUACAGCUACAUCGCUCUCAUCACCAUGGCUAUCCAGAACGCGCCGGAUAAGAAGAUCACGCUGAACGGCAUCUACCAGUUCAUCAUGGAGCGCUUCCCCUUCUACCGGGACAACAAGCAAGGCUGGCAGAACUCCAUCCGCCACAACCUGUCGCUCAACGAGUGCUUCGUCAAGGUGCCCCGAGACGACAAGAAGCCCGGCAAGGGGAGCUACUGGACCCUGGACCCGGACUCGUACAACAUGUUCGAGAACGGCUCGUUCCUGCGCCGACGGAGGCGCUUCAAGAAGAAAGACGCCGUCAAGGACAAGGAGGAGAAGGAGCGCCUCCAUAGCAAGGAGCAGACGCAGCAGCAGCAGACGUCGACUCGACAGCAACACCAAGACGGAGGUGGGCAGCAGCAGCAGCAGCAACAGCAGGCGCCUCCGGUGAGGCUACAGGACAUCAAGACGGAGAACGGCUCGACGUCGCCCCCUCGAGCGCUGUCCCCGCUGGGAGGCGCGCCCGUGGCCAAGAUCGAGAGCCCCGGGAGCUCCAGCGCCAGCAGCCUCUCCAGCGGAGCGGGGAGCCCGCACGGCGGCGGCGGCGGCGGCGGCAGAGCGCUGGGCUUGGACCCCCCGACGGCCGCCGCCGAAGCGCCUCCGAGCCAGCAUCCGCACGCCCACCACCCGCACCACCACUCUCACCCGCACGCCCAUCAUCACCAUCACCACCACCCGCAUCUCCACCACCCGCCGCCGUCCCAUCACCACCCCGGAGGGCCCCCCGGGGGGGCGGGCGCCGGCGGCUUCAGCGUGGACAACAUCAUCAUGACCUCCCUGCGCGCUUCCCCCGGGCAGGGCGCCGGGGAGCUCUUGGCUUUGCCCUCCACGGCCGGCACCGCAGCCCCGCCGUCGUCGUCCUCGUCCAGCCCCUCGAGCGCCUCGACGUCGCGGACCUCGGCGCUGCCGCCGCCUUCGCUGGCGCUCAGCAGCUGCUAUUCGCCGGCUGCGGCUGCGCAGAGCGCGCUCUACAGCGCCCCCUGCAGCCAGGGCGUCAACACGACGGGCAGCAGUGCCAUCACGCAAGCCGGCGGCGGCGGCGCCAAUAGUUAUCACUGCAACUUGCAGGCCAUGAGCCUCUACGCGGCCGCUGCUGCCGCGGCUGCCGCAGCUGCCGGGGGCGGCGGAGAAAGAGGCGGCGGAGGCCACCUGAGCGGCAGCCCGGUGGAGCAGGACCCCCUUCCCGAGUACAGCCUGGCGGCCAGCAGCAGCAGCAGCGCCUCUUCCCUCAGCCUGAGCCCUCAGGAGGGGCACCCGCAAGGCGGCGGCGGCCGCCUGGCUUCGUGGUACCUCAACCAGGCCACGGCGGUGGGCGAGCUCGCCCAUUUGGCGCCCGCCUCAGCCGCGGCGGCGGCGGCUGCUGCCGCCGCAGCGGCUGCCGCCGCCGCCGCCUCGUCGUCCCCGUCGCCGUCGCCGUCGGGCUACCCGGUGCAGCAGCAGAACUUCCACGCCGUGAGGGAGAUGUUCGAGUCGUCGCAGCGCCUGGGCCUGAGCAACUCGCCCGUCAACGGCAACGCGGCGGCGGCGGCCGCCAGCAGCUGCCAAAUGGCGUUCCCAGGCAGCCAGCCGCUCUACCGGCCCUCGGGCGCCUUCGUCUACGACUGCAGCAAGUUCUGACCGAGGAGAGCGGCGAGGGGAGAAGCGGGCCCUCAGCCGCCGCCGCCGCUGCGCUCUGAGGGGACGCUGGAGAAGCCGUGUUUCCACUAUAAACACCAACACACAAACACGACGCUCGGCGCCCCCGAAGCCCGCGCGAAACCUCCACAGACUCUUACCCAAAGACAGCCUUUUUAUUAACUAAGGACAUGGUUUGUUAAAGGACAGUGUUACUCCAAAUAACACGUAAGUUUGUGCUUUUCUUCCUUGCCUUAAAAACAACCCUCCCCACACCCAGAAAGAGAGGGUGCCUUCUUCCCUCGCCUCCCUCUCCGAGAGGCUCUGCCGGCCGCGUUGUGUGGCUCCCACCCUGCGCGCCCUUUUGCGCCAGCCUUAUUGGCUGCUGGUCCGGCGCUUGGUUGGGCGCCGGCGACUGAGCGCGCGGGAAAUGCCAGCCAACCAGCGGCGAGAGUCUCGCGGGGAUAAGUCCAGCGGCUCCAUUGAAUUCCACGGGGUGGUGUGGAUCGCAGCCCUCAAUGAAGGCGCAAUCCGGGUUCGCUCAAGCCCAUGCGAGUUUCGCCCCUGGUUUGAAAAGCGACGCCGCCUUAGAAAGCCCCUUCCUUUCCUCUCCCCUGCAAGGACUCCUUUAUACGCAAGGAUUUGUUUCGAAAAUGUAAAUGGAUGCAUAGUAAUUUAUUUUUAAAUCUGUAGUUGGAACUUUUGGACCAAACACCAGAAAGUGUUCUUUUUACCCCACCCCACCCAAUGCUUUCAGAAAGGUUGACUUUAAAAUAACGUUAAACAUUGAUUUUUGUUUUGUUUUGUUUUCAUUUAUAUAUAUAAAUGGGAAGCUGUAUUAAUCUUAUUUUAUCGUUUAUCAUUUUUUCCUUUUUUUGUUGGAGAUACCCUGAAGUUACUGCCUUGCUUGUUUAUUAAUAAAUUACCAUUCAGUUGGACUGAGACCAUAUACGUCUGGAUAUAUUAACCCCACUUUUUAAAGGAAAAAAUUAAAAAUCCUACAGCUGAAAUGUUGAUGGUAGAAUUACUUUCUUCCAGUGUGGGCUAAGUGAAAAAUACAUUUUUAAAAAGUUUCUUGGGUAACUCGCUCCCAUAAAGCGGUUAAACCAAAAACAACAGAAUUUAAUCUUCUGGUUAGUCCUAAACUUGUAAAUAAAUAUCAUUUAUGUCCAUCGAUUUUUAAAAAUCUGUGUUGGGUGUGUGGACUUGGAUGCGGCUGGAAUCGACUUAAAAACAAAUGCUGAUUCCAGUGGCUGUUGCUGAGGCUGCUGCUGCUGCUAUUUAUGAGUUCUGACUAUUAUGGUUAUUAAUCUUAGCGAAUAGGUGGGAAAUGUAAGCCACCAAGCCAUCACUGUUGCGAGGCAGCAGAUGCAGAGGGCUUGAGCUACUUGACAAAUAUUGGAAUAUAUCCGCGGAAGGCCCGUGGCCGUAAUCUGUCCCAUAUCAAGAGGAAGGCGUUAAAGAAGUCGCAGGAGGUCCUGAUCUUCAUUUGCAAAUUAAUGCGUCCUUUUAUAAAAAAAAGUGACAUUUAUGCAUGUGCAGGUUUCUGAAUUUUCUAAAUAUAGGCAGCUAUAUUUUAUAGAAUAGUAAUAAGAUCCUUAAAACCCUUUCUUCCAAUGCGAACUAAUGGGGGGGGGGAGCUGCUCAGUUCCCUCCCCCGAACAUGUCUCUUGGGCAACUCGUUCCACAAACCAUGGCGUCCUGGAUUUGUUUCCCCUUCCCUCAUUAUUCUAGACAGGUCGCUAGUUCUUAAAUAUUUUUUGCUGCUUUCCCAGGGAGCGAUUCCAUAUACACCAAGAACUGAGAAGGAAAACUGGUCUCCCUCAUUGUUACCUCAUUUUCCCUCUCUCUCUUACGCACACAAACACACUUUAAGCAGAAGAAACUCCCUCUGCGGAUGGCUGCAAAUAGCAACGGGUGAUGUUUUGGUCAAAUGUAGAAACUCGCCUUCAGGUCAUCUCUCAAUGAGGUUUGCAAGGAAUGGAGGAAACACCUUUGCCCACUUGUGAAUACCCCAACAAAAUGCAAUUUAGCCUUUUAUCUGCGAGGGAUCGGCCGCGCUGUCAGAGGCGAGGCGAGGCUGCCUUUCUGGGGAGCCUCCGGUGAGCAUUUUUCAAGAGAAUGCAGCUCCUAUCAGGCGCUCUUAUCGGAGGCAACACUUGGCAGUAAUUGCUCCCGGGUUGUUAAAGGCCGCAAACAGUAAAUAAAUCCGGGCUAAUUUAAUUAAAACCUGAGUAGGCGCCUUCUCAUCUUAGUCGUGCUUCCAGAGUAGCAAGCAAGCAAGAGCUCAGAAACUUGGGGACGGAUUUUCCUCGCUUUUUAGUGCAUUUCCCUAUCGGAAUUAAUCUCACGCUAUUGCACGCUUGUGAUCUUUUUUUGUUUGUGUGUUUGUUUGUGAACUGGGCAUUUGCUUCCUUUUUCAAAGCGCUUCGAAUUGUGAGACGUAGACCCGGAUUGAGGGUGACGCUGUGCGGAAUUAUCCUAUGUAUGUGGCUUGUUUGAAAGUAGGAGUCCUACUGAGCGCAAUGGCAUUUACUCUCAAGAAAGCGUUUACAACCUCGGAAUUGCACCCUGGGAAGGAUUCUCCCCUCCUUUAUUUGCGAAGAGCACUUUCGAAAUGCGGCAAAAUACUUUAAUUAUUAGUAGGUCUGCUGCUAGUCUAUAUAGCUUGGACUUGAAUUUAAACCACAGUCCGAUCUGCAAUUCAGUUAACCUAAAGUUAUUAAAUAUGUGAGGACUCCGGAGUAAAGCAGUUAAAAUUAGCAGGCCUACCUAGAAUAUGAAAUCGGCCUAACCUCAAAAUACUUGAUUUUAACCGUGUUAGGGAUGGAGUUGUGACUCUUUUUAAGGCACCUACUUGCUGCAUUCCAUUGAACUCAAUGGUCCUGAGUGAGCCUGCUGAAGUUUGCUUUGGCGCACAGCUUGCGAUAUGGCCUUAACUGAUCUGGCCUUAGCACGACUAGCGAUUCCCGAUUCAAAGAGAGCUCCAGGAAAGUAGCAGGAUCGCUUUCGAUUUGAUUUUUUUAUAUUUCGGAAUAGAUUCGUAUAGAUGAGCCUUUGUACGCUUUGAGCUUAACACAUCCAGUUCUAUCUAGCAAACCAGAGCAUGUGGCUAGUUGAAGUUGGCUCUCCGAAAGCGAAACGAACCAUGGAAACGUUUUGAAAGCCCCAUUCAAUCCAGUGGGAGAGAAUCGGCCUGGCUUCACUCUCCCACUGAAAUCAAACUGCAGCGCUCAUGGACAUUUAUAAUUUUGGCUGACUCUCGCGCGCUCUUUGUAUUUUGUACAUAUAAGGAGCCAGGGAGAAAGGAAGGGAAUAAUCGGAGGUGGGCAUCCUCGUGUGUUGUCACAUCCCUUCAGUUUAUUAGCUGUGUCUUUUCAGAGAUGGGGUGGGAAAACCAGGUUGAGGAACCUCAGAGGUGGUCCCACCACGUUCAACUGAGGCGUCGGUGUGCAAGCCAUCAGUGGGAGACACACUCUUGGUUUCAGUGAGCUCAUAAACCGGGAAUUUACGAACUGUGCUUAUGGCGGGCUUAUUCCUUAGGUCCUUUCUUUCCAACCACCCCCCUCUCCCCACCCCAAUGUCCUUUGUGAGAGAAGACAGAGUGGCGGGGAGGAGGAGAGUCUUUCUUCGGAUGAUGUUUGUUUGCUGAUCGCCUCGAUUUCCACUGGCGAAAGCUACUUCCUGCCUUCCCAGUAGUCCACAGCCAGAUGGGAUCAGAGGACCCCAUUUGCAGGAGCAGAGGCCACGACAAAAUACAUAGAUUUGGGAGCAAACGACGUAGGAAGAAAAACUGGGUUUCAGUGCGUGCCACAAAGCCAGCCAGCCGAUUAAGACACCCACCCACCCCCUUUUUAAGGCGGAGAGUCGACAUCCUACGACCACCUACUCCGAAGCGAAUCUCCCUAAAAUCGGUGAGACUUACUCUCACGUAAAAUGGUUGGGCUGCGGUCCGGGUGAAGUGUGGCCAAGACUAAGUCUUUUAGUCCCUUCCCCCUUUUAUUUCUUAAGAAACACGCAGACCCCUUUCCAGGGAAAUGAGAGCGAGGCAUCUUUGAUCCCAACUAGGCAUAGCUGUCAACUUUUCCCUUUUCUUGCGAGGAAUCCUAUUCGGAAUAAGGGAAUUUCCCUUAAAAAGGGGAAAAGUUGACAGCUAUGCAUGGAAUCAGCAUGGCCCAUAACAUUUACUUGGGGUGGUGAAGACCCCUUUAAAGACAGUAUAGUCUACUCACAGGUAAAAAUGUAUAAAGUGGGGCGGAGGAAGUUGCGUUGCCGCAAUAUCUGAACAAAGUUUCCAGGAAUGAGAAGCAAAGAGCCUUUUGAACCCUUGCGACUAAGUCUUAAACCCCUGGGGCUUGUAGGCGUCACUCUUCGGUUGCUUUAAGAGCUGGCUAGUUUGCCCUCAGAUAACUUUUUCUCUUUUAAAAAAGGAAUCUAGAUGGAAGUCUGUCCACGUUGAUGUGAACAGAAGUUGUUCCCCGUAAGGAUCAGCCCUCUAAAGCUAUAUCCACCAGACUGGGAAAUUGUGGUCUCUUUCUUCGUCCUUUCUAUGUGCAUUAGGGUGAUAGUAUCCAGCGGCUACAGCUCCCAGGGAGUUGACAGGAGAUGACAUGAGGUCAGGAUCCGGAUUGCAGUCUGACCCAACCAGCGCGCAGGGAAGCCUUUCUUUAGACAAAAGAGGCCACGCAGUUGCGCUCUUGUUUCACCACUCGCCUGCUCCCAAGCUGUUCGUUACUCGCUGUUUACUCCUCGGUUGCCACCUUUUGUUUUGUUUUGUUUUGAAGGCACACGUGUGAGGAGGAGGAGGAGGAGGAGGAGGGAAACCCGCCAGCUACAGGUGGAUCGGCAGACGGGCCCUGUCCCUCCCCCGGCACUCCCUCCCGGACCCCCAAGCCAGGGAACAGCAGAGAGAUCGAUGCUUUCGGAAAGGGAGACGAGGAGGGGUUUCUAGAAACCUGCCUCGCGUGUUGGGCGUCCAGGCUCUCCUAAGAAGGAGGCCUUGGAAGAGAUAGACGUAGGCGAGGAAAGGAUGGAGGCAGCAGGAAGGUCAGGGAAUUGCUCGCCUUCAUAUACUCAGGCCAAGCAACUGAGCCUGGCGCGCAGGUGAGCCUGGCUCAGGCUGGAGCCCCUCUCUUGCUCCAGAGGAGUACCACCGAGGGACUUGGGCUUGCUGAUGGCUGCCCAUGAAUAGAGCCUUUGUGCUGGCGUCUCCUUGACGCAGUCCAGGCCUCCCUACCUCCACUCCUCACCCUGCUGGCCUGCACGUGGUCCCGGGAGAAUGAAACGCGGCCGGCCGCCCCCCGAAUUUUUACGCACCAAAUGGCGGCGAGGGGGAGCUCGGAGGCCCGUAGCUAGACAGUGAAUCACGGUAAAUUGGGACCGGCUCCAGCAGGCUGUGGGGGAGCGAAGGGAGCUGCCGCUACUCCAGCUUCUAGGCCUCUCCCACUGCCUGGCCUGAUGGGGCUGGAAGAUACCGAACUGUUCUCUUGAUAGUAUUUACUCCUCCUCGCCCUCUAGCCGAGCAGCGUGGGGGGUGGGGAGAGAGAGAGAGAGAUCAAGCGAUCCGCAGCCCUCUGAACACCCGAAGGCCUGCAUCUCAACCGGUUGUGAAUCAGGCCUUAGAUGCUGUCGUCCCGCGCUGCAAAAUGGAGUGGGUUGUGUAUCGAAGAGAAAAGCGUGCGAGGUACAGCGCAUAAUUCAGGAUGCUUGUCAAAGGCUGCGACGCACGCAAAGGAGGUUUGCUUGGAUGCGAGCGCCUUUGACGCCCGUGGGGCUUGGUUCCAAGUAGAUGCGUGACAACAACUUUCGGGGUAGAAGAGAAAUCAUUGUGCUGAUCUUCCUGGCCUGGGAUGUUAUGUCUAUCUAGGAUCUAGAGAUAAUGGUAGAUAAUUUUAAACUGAGUGUAAACAGUUCAUUUAACUUUUUGUAGAGGCUUAUUUUAUGUCAAAGGAAACUGGUCAGAGAAGGGAUGUGCGUGGGUACAGCGUGGGAGUUGCCCCAGUUUCACUGCACCCCAAUCACCAUCCACAUAAGCCAAAGGUUCCUGACACGAAUGUAAUUUAGCGCCUUAAAAAAAACAAGAAAAAAAACGAAGGCAAAUCCUACCGAUUAACUAGAUUGCGUAUAGAGCUGCGCAAACGGCAACGUCAGUUCAGACGACACUGGGUAUGGAAAGUUUGAACGUCUAACUUCUGAACCGCGGGCUACGAUCCAUCCUCCUGCUUAUGCAAAAGCUUCAGCUGUACAGAAAUUGGUGACGCAGGAUGCUUGCAUAAUCUCCCCGCUCUUUGAAUUAAUGGGCGGUGGGGGUGGUCCCCUCUGAAGAAAAGAAAUCGAUCAUGUUCAGGUUUUAUUCAUGUCGACAAUGUUUGGAGUUAUUCCGUAUGAGGAAUCCGAAUCUGAUUUAGGGUCCAGUCCUAAUGCACGUUUACCUGGGAGUAAGCUCCACUGAACUCAGUGGAACAUAUUUCCGGGUAAACAUACCUAGAUUUGAGAUGUACAUCCGAUUUUAAAUCUGUUGAAUUGAGAUUGAAAUUAGAUCUUUUAUUUAUGCUGACUUUGGCCAUCUUAAAUCCAGGCGCUUCUUCCCCAUUGUGAUUUGCAACUGGGGAAACUCUGCAACUGUAAAUGUUUUAGUCCUUUGUGAUCUGUCUCCUAAGUCCAAAUGUUGACUGAAUAGAAAACUUGUGCCUCUGCCAAAUGAAGGCUGCAAUCCUAAACCCGCUUACUUAGAAGCAAGCCCCACCGAAGUCAGCUGAACUCUAUGACCUACUAAAUUGUCUAGGUCCUAAAAUAGGUAAAACUUUUGUAAAAUUAGUUUUGUUCACAAAAGUCUAAGGAGCUCAAUAUUUUGCUCGGAAUGCUGUUUACUUACAGAUACUUUGAAAUACUGUAUAUGUUUUAUUAAUACAAAAAGACGUUCCUGGCUUUUCUAUCCAGGAAAAAAAAAUAUUUUUAGAUUUCCUCAUGAGAAGCCUGAUAACAUCUCCCCCCUCCAGUGCUUGAAUUCACAGGCUUCCUAUGUUGAAAGAGCGCUGGGGCUUUCCAUCGGGUUCCUUCCUCUGGUCAUGUUAACUCUCACCAAAAAGCGCCUCUUCCCCUCCUCUCCCGGGCCUGUGGGAUUUAAUAUAAUCUUUUAUCAGGCGCUGCAAGAGAAAUAUCGAUACUGCCAGCGAUGCAUCCUUAUACGGGGUCACGUUCAGCUGAAAUUUGGCUCGAUUAGAAUUAUUACAUGGCAAAUUGUCAAAAUAACAUUUAUCAGGUGGACACGAACCGCAAUAGAUACAGUUUAGUUACCUGGUUAGCUAGCAUUCAUUGCACAGCUGUGGGCCACACACAGAGUGCAUCUGCUCUGUGCAUCUAUAAUAUUAUAUAAAAUAUUUAAAGUAUGUUGAUAGUCUCCUAGCCCCCUUUAACUCGGCAGUAAUGUUUUAUCCAGCCCAUUUGUCUCAACUUUUGAAAUAGGUACCAAAGCUCUCUUGUUUCUCCCUGAAGCACUGAUCAGUGCCAAUCUCAAACACGCACCCACCCCACCCCUCCUCUCUUUUAAAACCCUACUGUGGGGCUUUGUCGUUGUUGCUCUUUUUCUUAUUUCUUUCUCUCUCCCACCCCCAAUAAAUCCAACUAUUUGUGUGGGGUUUUGUUACAUCACUUUCCAUAUUUGAGGAAGUUUUUCCGAUUAUUUUGGGGGGUUACUCAGAGAUCUUCCUCCAAGCCUGCUAUACAGUCUUCUUCUUCCUCUCCAGACUUUUGCUAAAGAUGAUCAGGUGCCGGUCCUACUGCUUAUUGGGAAUUAAGCCCACCCCCUGCACCCCUCAGUUGAAUGGGCCAGGCUCCCAAUGAAGUGUGGGGAGGAUUUCAGCCCGAGAUGUAAAGAGGACGGUUUGGGACAAAGCCCACGCCUGGGUUGAUUUUGCACCAGGCCCAUUGGAAACGACGAUGGAUCUCACCUCCCUCCCACCUUCUCUCCCCCUAGGCUGGAAGUGUCGUCCUAUCCCGAAAAUCAGGCCCAGCCGAAAAGGGAAUCCGAUUUAAUCAGAGCAGAGGACCGAAGGGGAGGCGGGGAGCAAGCGAAAGGAUGUCCACCAUCCGUGUCCUUCCAGAGGAGCAGCCUAAUGGGCGAUUGUGUUUUAUUUUAAUUAACCGGCGUCUCAUUUAACGAAACAAUCGCCAAAUGCCUCCAGUGGGAGGAAGAGGCGUUAAGUUCACCGAGAAGGAAACCAUGUGUAGGGAGAUCCGCCGUGCGCUUGAAAUAGCCCGGCUUCUGCAGUAACCAGGAGCUAGCGGGGCCUGCCUCGCAAGCCGUCCGGAGGGUCUUUCUUACAGGAGGCACAAACGCCCCAGCAAGAGAAGAAGGUGGAGGAGAGAAAGAGCAGGCUCGCAUUUUUUUACAGCCCUGGUACCUGGGAGUGGUAAGGAGAGGAAAAGGGGUUGUCUGGGAAUGGCUCAUUAGGGAUGACACAUGUAUGAGGAGAUCAACACCCGGCACUCUCCGCCGGCCCCCAUCCAAUACAUUCUUAACCCAGCGCAAGUCUAAAGGAUGUAAGCUUGCUUAGGAUCGCAUCCUCAGAAGUGAUUGGGCAGAAACUCCCGUUAAGAGUCUGGCAUGCCGAACCAGUGAAGGAAAAGCGCCCUGCGCUCCAGCCUUUUCACAAAAGCUUGGUGGGAACGACCGUGCUCGUUCCUCUACCGAUCCGGGAUAGAAGACCACCUCCACAAACUAGCCCAUUACAAAUCGCUUGUACUUAUAUGCCCCUGGCGUUGUUUGGUUGCUGUGUCUCUCCCCCUCCCCCCCCGGCUUUUAUUUUUGUUUUGCUUUCCGAAUGCCUCUCCAAGCCAAGUAGUUAAUCCGAAAAGAAAGCAGAAACCAAAACCCGAAGGUAGGUGGUCCGCUUCAUCACAUUACAGCCCGCACUAGCCCUAAACAAAAACCCCCAAACUUAUAUGGAUCCCGCCGACAAGAUCCGCGAGUCCCUUGCCACAUCCAUAGAGCAGGUCGGGCGAGGCAGGCGUCGGAGGCGAGGCCUGCUAUGCAGGAGGGGCCGUCGCAGCAGGGCCCGGAGCUCUGAAAAACCGUGUCCUCGAAAAGCAACAGUGAGCUGGAGAUCACACUCUAUACUUGCUUUGGCUUUUAAAUCAAAGCGGUGGUCGUCGUAGUUAAAUCACCUCGGAAUUCUUCAGCGCUUUUCUUACAAAGAAAGAAACACCUAGCGGCUCUCAAGGGCGGGGGGCGGCAGACGCCUAUUUGGCACCGAAAUCGAAUCCCAUUUGGAGACGGCCGGUCACUCCCGCGGAGUUUUGGCCGCCUUGUAGGGGAAUUCGGGGCAGAAGCGGAUGCCUGGGCCAGGGUCUUUGUUCUGCAGCUUUUCCAGACAUUUUCUGACACACACCUCCUCUCUCUUUUUCUCUCUUGGGUUACUUAAAGAAGACUAUCUGUCCGCCCCACAACCUGCGCCCCACCGUUGGUCGUUUUAUUUUCGUUUGUUUUCUUGGCUGCUGCUGCUCCCCGCCUUCUCCGCUCUCUUUUUCUUCCCGUGACCGACUUCCAAUUUAGUAGCAUAUUGAGCAUAUUAUAUAUGGGGCGGGGGGCGCGCGGAGGCCGCUGUAAUUCCAACCCGAAUGUGUAUAUAUAUAUAUAUAUGAGGAGAGAGGGAGAGAGCCUGAGAACGGGCCGCGCUUGCCCAGGCGACCUCCAAACCAGAUCGGCCGGAGCCCCCAAACCCGAGACUCCCGAGCGCCUUAAUCGCUUUGUUGACAGAAGCCUCCGUUUCCUCCGAAGUCGCUCCCGAAGGCGCGCACUGGGAAGCAAAUUCCGUGUGCAUUUCAGCGGAACUUGAACGCGUUCCAAGAGAGCCUUUUUGGGGGGUGGGUCGGGGGGAGGAGAGAUGGAAAUAAAAAGGGGGCACACGGUGGCGCGCGCACAGCACAAACCACCUUCUGAAAUCAAUGUGACUUUGUUCCACCCCGUGCGUUUUCGGAUCGAUUUAUUAGGGCAGGAACUGGACUCGCCGGGCCACUGGGGUGUGUGGACUGGCGGGGGUGCUGCUCUGUCUUCGCUAACAGUUUGGCCUUUGAUUUAAAACCAGGGACCCGCUUGAUCCGGUGCCAGCAAGGAAAGACGCAGAAGCCUAGAGCGCCCCUGGAUUGGCUGUGGGUUCAGGGACAAGGCAUGCUUCUUUUGUGUGUGGAGGGGGUCCCUCAAACUGUCUAGGAGCUUUAUCCUCCUGCCCCUGCCCCCCACAAACCAGCCUUCGAUUUACCUAUCAAGUAUUUCACCUUAUUACAGAGAAUAGAUUAGGGAGGUAGGGAAACCGUUCUGAAUUAAAAACCAAACCAAACCAGUAGCUUUAUUCCCUGCAUAUUGGAGACUAUUUUGCUUUUGCUGCUGUUGUUUCUACAAAGUUUCUGCUGCCGUGGAUGGGAGUGCGCCUUGGCAGGAAAGACAGAAAAACGGAGGCAGAUCAGCCAGGGUUUUCUGACCGCCGGUGGGUCUUUCGAUGAGAAUGGAGGGUCCAGCGCUCCUUUUCCUUCCUUUCUUUCCCCUAAAUAAACAGAUCUGAGUCGACCUGGGUGGGCAGAAGGGAACAAUUUGUGAGCCAAGGAGCGAGCCUUACCUGCAGGAGACUUUCACCUGACCUCUUGCUGGAGAGGUUGGGGGUAAGCGGGUGGGGGUGAGCGGGUGGGCGGAGAAUUCAGACUCCAUAUAUUACAAGCCCGAGGAAAAUCCAGCUCAAUUUCGGUCGACCUUUUUUUUCUUUUCCUCAUAUAGAGAAAAUUCUCCCUCUUCUCGCCCCCCUCUGCCGCCCUGCCCCCAUCACCCCUGGGAGAAGGCAGGAAAACCAACACAUUUGGAGCUAUUAACUCUUCAGAGAGCUGAGAGGCGAACUGGAUGCCUCUUGCCUGCCGCUCUCAGAACAGUGCCUGCCCUUAAAACAAGCAAGAAUCAGCGUGGAUCAGAAGCGCAAAGUAUGCCAUGAUCACUAGGCAAGGAGACCUUUUAAUGAAUUUCUACUUUUAAAAUUAUUUGCGCGUCAGAAAAUGCCCAAGGAAGAGACCCCUAAAAUCACCGGGAGCAAGCAAGCGCCAUUUCAAUUUAGGAGAUGCCAGAGUGCUUAUUUUAUUGGAUAAAAAUGCUUUCAGAGCGGUGCUUUGAUAAAGCAUAGAAUGCAAUGCGAUAAUUAUUAAAAAGCGAUGCUCAAUGUAUCAAUGCCCGCUCGUCAAGGAAAGACCCCCUUUCUAAAUGUUCUUUAAAGCUACGGUCUUAAACACACUUUCUAGACGAUAGAUCUUGACUUUUUUAUAUAUAAAAAAAGUCAAGAAAAAGGCGCGCUACUGUUUCUGUUGCUUGCCCCGAAGUGGGCUCUAAUUUGAGGGGCUCGGCGUAGCUCUCAUGCCAAAUGUCAAUUUAGGAGGGAGCGAGCAUUAAGAAAAGGGCGGCGGAGAGGGCAGGACGAGACGGAAAGAGGGAACAACCGUCGGGCAGAAGCAGCUCUGAGAAAGAACUGCAUACUCUUUCUGUGGGAUUAUUAAGCCGCGAAAACGUGCAAGGUCUAAACGCGCUCUCUCUCUCAUUUAGAAGGUUUAAAAACCCAUUUCUUAGAAGGCAUCUGCAGAAACCACACCGCCAUUCCCCUCCCCAAAACACCCCUUCCAAAACAGCCGUGGAUUGCCAAGGAAAGCGGUGAGGCGCGCGAAGCAGGGAAGGCUCCUUUCGAGUAGACUUGGGGAAAGGGCUUCCUUCAUUCGCCCUCUGCACAUCCCGCGCUGUACCUCUCUCUCGUUUUGUUUUACUUCCUCGAGCCUGUCAAAACUCGGCCGUGUUUGCCUGUUUCUGGAGUUUGUUGUGUCUGGAGGCAAAUGACCCGCCCCUGGGAAUGUCAUCCCUCCGGCGAACAUCUCGCACGACCUGCUCGGGGAUUAUGAUGAGGAACCCUCGCUACAGCAGCAGUUCCAAGCAGAAACCAUCUAACGAAUCCCCACGUCCCCAUGCGUCGUCGGGGUUAGGGGGACGCGGGGGAGGGGGAUUGACGACAGCCCGGCUCCCGCUUCCCUCCGCUGGCCUCUGCGCACAGACAAAGGCAAGGCGGGCAUGCCCACCCAUUCACCGGACGCUCACAGCAAUGGCUGGAUUCCUCUGGAGUAAAUAGGGGGACGUGUGUUCGGGUGCUGCUCCGCUCCGCUUUGGAGCAUUAAAGAGACGCGUCUAGAUAUUACAUAGGCCUCUUUGGAGCGGGUUAUCUGCGCAGUGCCGGGUCUCAGCCCUUAACAAGCAAGUCCUCGGUUUUCCACGGGGCCUGCCUUCCAGCUGAGUUUUCCACUCAGGGGCGGAGCGGGACUGGCCUUUUCGAAGGACGCCGAUCCGUCCUUCUCCCAUCGCCUAGGUCGAUCUCAUACCUCCCCAAAUCCAUCCGUCUCAGCCGUCCGUCUUGGGGGCCUUCGGGCUCCUUUCUAAUCACCUAUUAGUUUCAGUUUAGGGCUGGGGGCGAGCGGGCAGGGAUCACAUAUCACCCUUUAAUUGAUACGGCAAGUCUCCCCUAUGCAGCUGACCCAGAGCUCUUUUCCAGCCAAGGCAGAGAGGUAAUCUUAGAGGGUAACCAGGGUCUCCGCGGUCUCUCUACGAGAGAGAUAGAGAGAGAUCGCCAGGCGAAAACCAAUAGGAAAUUGUCACUUGUUCGCCAGUGUGUUUAUCGCAUUAUAGCUUUUCUCUUCGACAACAGGGGAAGGGACGCUGAGGAGAAGAUUGCUGCGUAAGAUUGGUGCCUCGGGCUGCGCUCGGGGCUGACACGGCCAGCUUCUGUCCUCCCUGUCCACUACCUUUUCCGUCACCGGUUAGAGACGCAGGCCUGGCCCAAAGAGCCGCUCGCGGUUUCUGGAGCGCUCCAAACAAGUAACUGAAGGGAGGAAGAGGCUUCACACCCGGAGAGCAACCUGAGCAGCGAGGCUGGGAGGAACUGGCUGAGAUGUCUGGAAUGCCAGCCGCGUUGAGACUGGGCUGUGGGUGCGGGAUAUGCGAGGGGAAACGCCGGGCAGUUGCAGGCGCCCGCUUACUGAACCUUGAUCCUUGCAACGCGCCACUCUCCACCCUCUCCACCCUGUUGCGCACAAGCAGAGCAGGAAAACACCAGGGGCCCAAACUGCGACUCAUUCUGGGUUUCAGACACCCUCUUGUCCCCACUCCUGGUGCCAGAGACUGGUCACCGCCACCAGCUCCCCCGCACGUCCCCUCGGGCCCACUUCCCCUUGGAAGUGUGCGACUCAGAGAGAUCGAGUCCACGGCUUCUUUUCCCACUUCGAGGCCCGGUGUGAUCUUUUUCUUAGGGGAAGAAGGACAGGUAGGCUUGAUGGUCAGAUACAUAGAGAGGGCAAAGACAUAUCGCAGCCGCGCCAGGAGCCCAUUUUAGGAAACAAAACGCAGCUCCGUCCUGCUUUCCUGCAUUUUUCCGCCAACCUGCACACGGCAGAGCUGACGGGAUGAGCUGGAAGACGCGGGCUGCAUGGUCUCUUCUGGUGGGACUUGCCGGUUAUUAUAUAGCCAGCGCCUGAAACAAAUUCUGCAGUGAAGAUGCGAGAUGUGCGCAUUCCUUGUCGGAAGGAGGAUCCCACUGGGCCUUGACAAGGAAUGCGAGCUGGCCAAGUAGACCUCCCUCCUCUUCCACCCCCCACAGCAAUAAAGCAGUCACCUGCCACGAUGAAUGUCAACAUGCCAGGGGAGUGAUAUUGCAGAUGGGAUGCCAGGACUGGAGUUGUCCGGCGCGGCGGCGGGUGGGGAGAAGACGGCUGCAUGCAACUCCACCCCCCCCCCCCAAAUAAUAAUGAAUCCAGAAGGCCCAGCCCCUGUCCACUUCACCCACUUUUCCCCAGAACUUGGGAUGUAAGUCAUGCGAGAAAAAAAGGGGGAGGUCUCCAGCUCCCCAUCUUCUCAUAAUCAUCAGGUAGUUUACUUUUCAUUAACCCACACGACCCAACUUGCGUUCAUCUCACUCAGUCAAGACUUGGGAGGUAAGUCUUACAAGGGAAAAUAAAACUACAUGGUAAUUAUGAUAUACCAGGGCUGCUUCUUUAAAUUACUUGAACACACCCAAACACCACAAAGGAACCGCCAUGCUAGGGGACCCCCCUCGAAGGCGCAAAGAUCAGGAGCCAGAGUUUCCAUAGAUGCUUACUGAGAGUCGUAAUAGGCGCAAAAAAAGGUGUAAGCAAAGAUAAGGAGCGCAAUGCGAAAAACGUUACGCGCGACACCAAAUGCAAUUACGCAUGAUUUCAGUGGUACUCAGUUGCAAGUUUAUUUUGCAAGAUUUCAGUCUCGUGUCGUUGAACAGUCAAAAUGUAGGCUCUAUAGUGGCAGUAAAAACAAAACAAAACAAAACAAAACAGGAAUGCCUCUUCUCAGUACCGUCGCUGGGGAACCUCCUUACACCGGGUCCCCCUCCUUUCGCCAGGCUUGUCCACGCCUUGCCUUGCCCUCGCAACACUUCCUAACCCUUUCCGCUCAGCGGCGUUAAGGCGCCACACACCCCAAACUUAAACCUUGGGGACAGCAGUUCUGUAAGGGUAGUCUGUGUCUCUUGAAUAGAAAUUACGCUAUCUCCGUAAACCUACAAUAAAGGCUCAGGGUACCUUAAUGUGAGUCCAAACAGCGGACGUACUUUACAAGUGAUUUAAAUUUGUGGCGUGCAUUUCUGUGGAGAUGGCGCAGGAGGACCUUCCGGUGGCUGGCGCUGGGAAGCCACCACUUUCCUUGAACUGACAUACCAGUUUUGCCACGGAUUUGGGUGCAGCCGGAAAAACAAAGAAAACAAGCAUCCCUGCACAUUCCCUAAUAAUGGGACCAAGUCAGUUAAAAUCCCCCACUCCCUUUAAAUUUAAAAAUAAAACAUCGGAAGCCUGUGUUUUAGCUUCUUGUAGCGCAGGGCUGUACCUAACCACGAUUUCUCAGCACCCCGGUCUCCUCCGGCGCGAUAGAGGCCGGCGCCGGGGAGGUGUGGAAGUGUGACCUGUCCUUAAACACAGCCUGACCCUAAACACGUCGCCGUUUUCGAUGGCGGUGCAGACUUCCCGAGGGCGCCUGAGGUUUCUCCCGGGACACGCUAGCCCUCGAGAGCCCCGUCUGCGUGUCGGUCUUUCGGUCAAAAUCAGCCCGGGUGCGUGGUUUGAGCGCACUGGAAAAGAAAAAGCAGCGGAGAAGCGCUCUUAGCGCAAAGGCGAACAACACAAGAGAGUCACAGUCAGUGAUUUCCAGGGGCUCCGCAGGCCUCGGGUCUAGCUGAUCAUGUUGGGAAGCUGCAGUUUUAUUGGGGAGAGCUAAGUGGCAGCUCAGCUCAGCUCGCCAGCAACUGUCUGAAAUCGCCCACAUAACUGGCAGUGCCCAGAGCAUGGCGAGGGCAGGAGUGAAAGGAAGCCGUCUAGUCCGGACACAGGUCGGGGAGGGAGCGCAGCAGAAAGGAAAGUCACCCCUUUCCCCAGGAUGAAGAUAAGCGGCCCUGGGAGAACCGAGCGGGCCUCGGCCGGCUGGCAACGCACCCCGUUGGAUCCGCGCUCCCGCAGCCACUUGCCCUUCCGUGCAAGGCCUGAAGCAAAGCGCAGAAGCCAAGCGGCGGGCUGGCUGGCUCGCUCCCGAAGGUGGGAACCCUCUCCUCGGCUUGGCAAGCCCAGAGGCGGCUGGCCUCUCCUCGGCCCAGCCAAACAAGAGCCCCUCUUGUUCUCCGAGCGCCCCCCUCCUUCCUUGCACCUGCGUGGAGCUGCGAGUAGCGCCAGGCAGCGGCGGCUAAGCUCAGCCUCUCCGCUGCUGCUGCUGCUGCUGCUGCUGCUGCGAAGGCAGCCUCGAGGAAGCAUCUGGUCCCAAUUGGGAGCCCCCCUCCCUUCCCCGGCCCGCCAGCUCCUGUUGCCCCUCUGAGCAUCAGCCAGGCCGGCCCCAAGCCCUGGCUAACCCCGAAACCACCUCCUCUCGCGGCGCGCACACUUUCCAUCGCACCGCCCGCCUCCCUCGCAGGCAGCCACACAAAGAGUGCUCUCUCUCUCUCUCUCUCUCUCCUGCAGGCUGGGCAAAGCUCCCUUCGCCGCCUCCCCCACCCGCCCUACACACCUCCUGAAAGCAGAGGGCUGCCUCUCUCUCUCUCUCUCUCUCUCUCUCUCUCUCUCUCUCUCUCUCUCUCUCUCUCUCUCAUUGCCCUCUCCUCCUCCUGGAUUCUUCAUCGGUUCUACUCCCGGCUUGGAAAUGCAUGCGCCCUGCUUCUAACCUACCCGGCUCUCUCUCUUGCCCUUCUAAAACCAACGCGGGAGACUGGGCUGGGCUGAAAGUGGUUCGAAUCCAAGAAGGGAGUUUUACCCGAGACCGGACGGCAGUCAGCAGUCAAACUCCCUCAAUCCGCACUUCAUGACUUCAAGGCAAUUUCCGUGUUAAGAAACGCGGGCCCGCAACUUUUGUGACGCGACCGUGUUUUGACUGAAAUGCAGGGUCGCGAGGAAAAGUUGGCAAUGCCCCACCCUUUCGUUUCAAGGCAAAGAGUUAAAAGAAGCGCAGAGGGUUGAUUGUCAGGCGGGAGAGCCAAGGGGAAGGCAAAUGUAUGGGACCCGCGACCUCUGCUUAACCUUGGUACAUUGGCACCAAAUGUUUCAACAAUAUUUACUUGCCUUGAAGUCUGGAUUUCCCUCCUCUCCUUUUAAUCUUUUUUAAGGCCAUCUUUGUGGCAGCUUCAGGCUCCUAUAUGUCUAAUUAUAGUAAGCAGAAACAGGAUGGGAUGUGAAUAGCUCUGUUGUGUGCAGGAAUUGGGUGCUGCACAGAGAGGCUUUUUGUCACAGGUUCUCACCCUGCAAACAUGUGCAUACACAAUGCUAAGGUGGGGAGCUGAAGAAUCAGAAACAUAGCAAGCCCCCUGGUCUACCAUGGAGAGACAUCUAAAGUCAGUAAGGAUUAGGGUGAUGGAACUGUGCACUGCAAGCCCGAGUUACCCAUACUGUAAAGGGUACUGGCAGUGGAAAGGGCAAGUAGCUAAGGGCUAGCGGGAGGGAAGCACAAUCCCUUUGCCGCCUGAACAAAUAACAUUAAGGACACUAUAAAAAAACCCCCAUCUUCUUAUAUGUAAGACCCAUUCAAUACAAAUAAACUUUUUACAUUACAUUUCACACAUGAAAAGCACAUCUGUGUAGGAAAUAGUAUGCAACCCACAUGUAGAUGAUUUAAGAUUUUUUUAAAAAAAAAAACAUUUCCAAACCUCUGAUUGCCUGAUAGGUUAAAUAUCAAACAGGAGGUAUAAUGCGAUGUUCAGAACUCAACAUGAUUCCAUUGGAUAAUAUAGCUAUGAUUUUACAUAAAUCUAAUUAGGUCAGUAGGAUGGAUCCACCAUACACUGGGUUUUCCAAACAUUUAUUUCAGAGUAAAAGAAAAAAAGGAAGUACCCUAACUUUGGAAGGGAAGCAUAACUCUAUAACUCACACUCGUUUUCCCUCCCCCUCCCACUUGCAGUGGAGAAAGAAUUAAAAAAUGCACUGUACAGUCUAAUUUAUGGAAAGGAUUUUUUUUUAAUAUCAAAAGAAAAUGAAUUGGAGUGGUAAGCCUUCCCUCUUCAAGGAAUGUAAAGUCAUGAUGCAUGGUUGAGAUUUGAAAAGGGGGAAAAAUGAUCCAUUGCACAAGCAAGAGGAAAAUAAAAUGGCAGCAAAUCUUCAACACCCAGUGGAGUGAUUGUCGUUCCCCAUCCCCAGCAAUGGCACUUGCAGAAGUCAUAAUUAGGCCGGCCGUCUCCCUGGAGACUCAGUCAUGUCAGCAGGUAUGGAAGGAGGAACAGAUUCAUGCAUUGGGGUUGUUCCUCAUGAGUUCCACAUCUGCUUCCACCAUCUCUUUCACCAGCUCCUGCCAAUAGGAAGGGACACACACACAGACACACACACACACGAAACAAAGAAACAAAGAAACAAACAAACAGAUGUGUCUGGCUCUGCUUAGAGUGAUAGCUGUAUUCCCACAACAUUACUUCCCUCUAGUAUCUAUUUCCCCCUGAAUUAGCCCACCAACCAGAAUAAACCUUUUGAGAUGCAUUCAAACCAUCUAUUUAUUGUGUCCUUGAGAGCUGGUCCUACUAUUAGGCAGGCAAUGGAUAACUAAUGGUCAGGAUAUUCCUGAAGGACAGCAAAUGGUUCAUCAUCAUUACUAUGAUGCCAACAGGAGACCAGUUGGAUGGUUCUGGCUCAGGCACUAAAAUGGCUUGGGCUGCUUUGAAUGAACGUUUUUCGUUUGUUGCACUCAGUCUUCCCCUUUCCAAUCAAAAAUAGGUUGCUAUAUUUCAAACGGUGAAAAUCCAGACAGAAAAGUUGCACUGCUGACAUGGGCUGCCACAUGUCUGGAUUUUCCCGUACAUGUGUAUGAUUUCUGCCAACUGGAUAUGUCCAGGAAAAUCCAGAUGUAUGGCAACCCUAGUCAGAAUGGGAUUUCUCAUGUUGAGAAUAUUGCUCUGUCUCAGCAUUCAUCCAACAAAAUGUUAGGAAAAUGCAAUCCCCCACAGUCAGCAUGCACCUCAUCAACUUUCCCAAGGACACGUGACCCUUGAUAGAAAAAGCUCUCACCUCUUCCUUUAAAUGAUAUAAAAUGUUAUUUUAUUUCUACUAAUAAUGAGUUUAUAAAUUUUUCUAAGCACAGAUUUCCUCCCAACCCCCCCAAAAAACAGACCAUCAAAUAAAAUGCAUGGAGAUAAAAACCCCAAACAGAACUUACAUCAAAUGUGACUCUGGGUUUCCAGUUGAGUUUUUGCUUUGCUUUGGUGCAAUCGCCUUGAAGAAAAUCCUGUGGGGAAUAAAAAGAUGGGUGGGUGAUUCCCUUUCCAGGCUGCAGGGGAGGUAGACAGGCAAAGUGAUGGUUACGAAAGUGUUGAUAGACAUCACCUUGCCCCAAUUUCAUUACAGACUCUUCCAUCCACACAGAGCUUCUAGAAAGUGCCAGUGCUUCGCAGAAAUUCAAACCACCUUCCUUCUCUUUUUGCAACUCCGAGUCAAAGUGCUGUGGCUUAUAAAUCACCAGGAGGCAGCAUUCAAGAAUAGCUGUGCAGGCCAUUUACAAUGUAUGCUGCACAUCAAAAAUAUUGACUCUUUAAUGGAUAACAUCUUGUUUUAAGCUGUCAUACCUCCUAAGACUUGCUACUGGCAGAGCUGUUUCAAAUUAAUGUAUCCCACCUUGCACCCCCCCUCCAAUUUUGGUUAAAUUAUAGAAGUAAAUCAAACAGAAAACCUGACACUAUAAUGUUCUCUUUCAGAUACAAUCCAUAUGAUCACUAAAAGGUAGUGCUGAAAAACUUCACAGUUAAGAGCGAUAUAACAAAUGAACCAGCUGAUUUUCUCAUUUCGAACUACUAGCUGCUGCAGGUUUUUGGAUUUAGCAGUCUUUAAAUGAUCACGAAGGUCUUUCUAAAAGUGAUCCUAAGGACAAUAAGGAUCAUUAGGUGUCGCUUGUAUAUACGGUUAACUGAAGACAGAACAAAGAAGGAGGAAAAUGAUUUUAUUGUAAAGUGCUCUGAUGAACAGGGUGCUUUAAUUCAGCUUGUAGUUUUAAAAAAUUAAAAAUAUAUUCUUAACAUCGCUUGUAAAAAAACAAAAACGCUCAUUUGCACCAGUUCUACUAAGACUGUGUUCACCAGGAUUGGGAGCCUAUCGCUCUUCAGAUGUCAAUUUCCACCAUCCCUGACUAUUAAGCCAUGCUGACUAGGGCUGAUAAGAAUUGGAUUCUAAUGGCAUGUGGAGGAACACACACACACACACACACACACACACACACACACACACCAACAGUCUUUUUCAUUACUUCCACAACAGACACAUUUUGGUAUAGGAGCAAGGUGCUUCCUUUCAGCUUAGCACUCACAGCUGCAGCUGGUCUUAAGAUACUUCUGAAAGUGAUGCCCAGAACACCUUUUGACCAGGAUCACAUCACUUUCAUAUUUUGUUAAUGCAAGCUGAGAGUGGAGAAAAGCUGUUGUAAAAUCAUGCACAGAUUCUACGAAAUGUAGCCUAUUUGGUAAUUUAACGAUCUAGGAACAGCAAAAUCCAACUUCAGUCUGCAAUCCUAAACACACUUUGGGUAUGGCCAGUAAUAAGAUUUACUUCUGAGGAAAUAUGCACAGGAUUGCAACGUAAGUUAAAACAACAACAACGCCCCAGAGAAAAUAGUAGACUCUUUUUUUGUGCCAUGGUUAUUUAUAAGUCAUUCAGUACCAUCUAGUAGUAAAAAUAAUUUCACACAGACAAAUGACAGUGGCUGCAACUCCAUGAUUUGCUGAAUAAAUGUAUGAAGGAUUGUGCCUGAAACCUUGGUGGCUAACAGUCUCUAUUUCUGCGAGUGGUUCAUGCUAUGAAAAAAGUGUGAUUACAAUUACUUAGAAAACAACAAUAGAAAAGGCUUGCGGCGGGGGGGCGGGAAUCACUGCUCAGCUACCUUAUUUAAAGUGUUAAGUGAACUGAGAUAUGCACCUAUUUAACUUCCAGAUUUAGUCUGAACUGGAGCCUAGAUGCCAGUCCAGGGGCAGACUGAAGCUCUGUGCUAGGACUUUGCUUUCUUAAAGAACAUCAAAGAUCAGAAAGUUUAUGAAAGGUGAGGAUGAGGUCCCUCUUCCCUGCCAAAACAAGGUUAUGAAAAGUCCGCUGACCAAGUCAAAUGCAGUCCUGCCACUCUUCCGUUUCUGCUGUAGUACAACAUAACAAUGAAUCUGGGUUCAAAGCACAGUCUAGUUUACUGUCUAUUUUUUCUACAAUGGAUUUCCCCCCUUCUUUUUGGUGCCACUGGUCUCUAAAAAUACAUAAAAUCGGGAGGGGAAGAGCACUGAGCCCCACAAAUGACUUUCUGGAGAAUGUAUUAAGAUACACAAACAGACAUUUUAAAAACAAAAUCACAAAAGCAGCCUUCUUGCUUUCAGUAAUUUGUUAGUACUUUAUUUUUCACAGAACAAGGGAUGCUGCACACACACUUUAAAGCAAGAUACACUAAAUCUUUAUGUUCUGUGAAAAGGAAAACAAAGCUUAAAAUUGCAAAUUUAAAAUGUGAGUUACAACCUGUUUUUGGCUAUGAAAAAGCAAAGACUUGGCGAAGCAACAGAAAGCCAGCAGCCAAACUGGUGCUGUUUAAUACUACUGUACAAAUCUCCCACAGAUUUAAAUUCACUUAGCUGUGAUACGAUCUCUGUAGGAUAGCGAAAUGCAUGAGUUUAUCUAGUAAUUUUUUUUUUUUAAAAAAAACCUCCUCCCUUUUCGUAAUUGCAGGUUUAAGUGUCAAAUGCUGCACAAUUAUGUUUAUUAAACUUGAUCUCAUGGCAGUUCAGUUUUAUAGUCUUGGAAAAGACACAUACUUUUGCAUCAAAGAGCUGGUUGUGGAGUGUGGUCUGGAAUUUUUUAAAAAUAAAGCAAUGAAAGCCAGAGGAAAAAAUGCAAACCAUUUCUAUGUCAAUAUCCCAUUUCCUGAGUUCUGGUUCUGGGUGUCAUCAUAGCUUUUAUUUUAGCUCAUUAGGUGAAUGAUCUGGUUUCACAGUGCAAUUUAUUACUGUCUAAUUCAAUUUUCUUUAGCAAAGCAUUCAAUAGCUUCACAGUACAAGUCUGGGUGAGGGAUGGCUAGCACAGCUCCUAAUUGUUUUGUUUGUUUGUUUGUUUGUUUUAAACUUGCAACUUAAUUCUGAAACUUCCUUUAGUGGCUGGAAAGUUCAAAGUAGGAUACAUGUAAGGAGGUAGAGGAGCACAAUGUCACAACAGGGUGUUAACAUUGUGUCACAUCAAUGUUCUACUGAGCAGCACAGGCAAACAUACCAGGCUGUUCUAUUCAAGUCAGUAUAAGGAUCUAUCAAAAGAAGGGACUGUUUUGGAGGGGAGGCUGAGAGUACUAUAUUUAUUCAGAAUUAUAUCCCACCAUAUAUGGAGGGUUCAGUGUAGCUAACAGCAGUUUUUAAUUAAAUAUGUGUGUCUCUUUGCCUCAAAGGAGUCACAAAUUAAGCCAAACAGAUUUGAGAGUGUUACAGAAAUCACUGAUAAUGCUCACUGAAAAAGAAUGUCCUUUUUUUUUUUACUGUUCUAUGUUAUCAUGACAGCUAUGCCAUUAUCUUAGGUUAUGAAAUCAAACAGUCUUAGCUCCCAAAUUUGCACAAAAUAUUUUUCAAACAGGUAUAAUAAAAAUCUGUGUUGCACAGCUGGAUUAUGUUAUAUGGCAUACAUAUGAUGCAAAUGUUAUAAAAGAUUCGUGAAAUUUGUUUUUAGCAGUUUUGAAUAUAUUCAUUUCCGUCUUAUAUACUUGUGUGAGCUGAAUAAGCAGUUUUGAGUAUAACACAACUUGAAAGCUAGAACUGUAUAAUUUCAGUCUGGUGUUAAUAUACAUUUGCCCUGCCUUGAUUACUUUGAAUUGGUCUUUUACUGUGGUUUGGCCUAAAAGCAUCACCUGAUGGGAGCCAGGGGCUUGACAAAAUAAUGUUAAUGUUUCUUAAUGAUUGUAGAUGUUUUACCCAUGGCCUGAAACCUAGCUUUUGGAAGAUGACUACUCAUAGCAAAGAGGGAGCAGAGAUACUGUGAAAAACAGUUUCUGUAGUUUGAAAUUAGACACAGAGAGCUGAAAUCUUCUAGUUGCAGUUAGCUGAAAAUGAGGUGCAGCCUGGGGGGCAGGGGCAGGAAGGCUACAUGUUCUUUAGGGAUCAGAAAUUCAAAGGGCUAUCCAUUUGCUUCCAGUAAGAGCUCUACUCUUGUAUUUGCAAAUAAAGCAAACAUUACGAAGACACUGUAAGUUGCUGUCAUGAUAUGCUCUCAUUGAAAGGUAACCAAUUGCCCCAGAACUUUUAAUCGCUUUGGAACAUGUUAUAAAUACAGUGCAUACAGUGGUACCUAGGAUUAAGUACUUAAUUCAUUCUGGAGAUCCGUACUUAACCUGAAACUGUUCUUAACCUGAAGCACCACUUUAGCUAAUGGGGCCUCCCGCUGCUGCCGCGCCGCCAGAGCACAAUUUCUGUUCUCAUCCUGAAGCAAAGUUCUUAACCUGAGGUACUAUUUCUGGGUUAGCAGAGUCUGUAACCUGAAGCGUAUGUAACCUGAGGUGCCACUGUAUUUAUAAAAGGACCACUGUAACUCUAUAGAGUAACAGACAAUUAAAGCAAGAGUGCAGGCCAAUUACAUUUUAGCAAACAAGACCACAAUCAAAUUGGUAAUGGAUGUUAAACAUCUUUAGGAAUUUCAGGGCGGCAUCUAUGAAUGGCAUUCACUUUUCAUUUUUCCCUUCACUAUUUUUAGAAAACUAAAGUUGUGGAACAAGCAUGAUACCAGGGGAAUAGAAGAAUGCCAGUGAAAUUGGUUCUUCAUCUAAAUUUGUUUUAAUGUAGUGCGAGUUGGCUAACCUCCAUUCUUGUGCCAAUAGGGUUUUUUUGAAAGACAGAAUUUUCACGAAGAGCCAAAAAGACUGGAAAAUGCAAGCAGUUCAGAUAUAAAGUGGUUUCGCUUGCAAUUAAAGGCUAGACCACUUCCUAAUGCGAACAAAGAAGCAUUUCACUUGCUAAAAACAUACAUGCAAAGUAGCUUAUUUGAGGAAGGGGAAAAUGGUCGAAUAGAAUUAAGAUGCUUUCCAUUAAGGGCUGGUUCUGAAAGGUGCUGAGCUCUAAAGUCCUCCAUUUGUUUCAUGAUUUUGUUGGCACUCAGCACAUCUUAGGAUAAGGUCCCAUUAAAAAGUUUCCAUGAUACUGUUAGGUCAAUAACCAAUCAGGAAAUCUAAGCCCAACCUCUUCAUUCAUCAUUCACCAAAAACCUGCCUGUUAAUCUUUGGUCUAACGUUUCCAAAAGGCCAAAGCGCAUGGAUCCCAAGAAGUAAUAAACAAAAGGCCGACAAUAACGAUAAGGAAUAGCCGUCACUCCUCGUUUCUCACCACACUGCAGUAUAUCAGUACAAAUUGAAGCUGAAUCCAGACUUCUCCUUCAGUGACAGGGAAUGAUAAGAGACAAGGAGAAAACAGCAAACUGUCUGGUUUGUUCAGGAAGUUGGGAACUGGUGGCAAUGUCCAUCAAGCGGACCAAGGGAAUGCCGUCAGCAUUAAAACAAUGCUUCAGCUCAACGUCAGGGAAAGGGCAUCAGUCAGCAGAGUUUGACAAGCACAUUGACAAUGGAGACAAUGGAGCAAAACAGAGGGGGUUGGCCCUGUGCGAUGUGCGAUUUGGUGCUUAAUUGCUUUGAUGGAAACAGUUGCAUAGUUUAAUCAGCACAAGGAUAAAAUGCCUACCUAUCUCUUCAGAGAGCAGGUUGCAGUCCUUACUUUUGUGCUUAUGCCAACCAAAUCACAUGGCUGGCAAUGUAAAUCAAAGCAAAAUUAUUUGACUGGUUCACUUGCUAAAAAUGGUUCUUUAAGCAGAUAAAUGUUUCCCACCGGAGGGCUAAUCCAAAGAUCACUGAAGUCAGUGCUGAUUUCAAGAGGCUUCAGAUUAGCUCAGUAGAUCCUCUCUUCAUUAAGGGGAAAAGUGAUACCCCCCGUUAUGUUCCAUGUCCAGAAAAGAUGAGACAGAUGUGGGUUUAACUCCUCCAUUCCUCUCACUAUGAAAUCCUAAGGUGGUAAAGUCACCACAGGGUGCCUUUAUUAUGUCAGUAUCCUGAGAGAAUACUUUGCCUGUGUUGGUCAGCACAUGACAGUGGGUACUCGCUACACCACAGUAAACCCCUGGAGAUUAUAGGUUGCUCUCUAUUUAUUUGAUAUAUUUUUUUCAACUACAAAAAAGCAAACAAUAAGCAACAUAUUCAUUAACCAACAUUACAUUAAGCACUCAUUUUAAAAACAACCACUUUACAUAUUCUUUUUUCAGAUCAAAUUCAUUGAUAACCACAUAAUAAACUUCAUAAUAAAGGGGAGGAGAGGAACAGACAGUUAGAGUUAGGAGUGUGUUUAGCAGGCUUUUACAUAUAUCACUGUUAGACUCAACGUGUAACAACAACAACAACAACGAUUUUAUUUAUAUCCCACCCAUCUGGGGUAUACCAGAAAUGGGAAUAAUUUUACCAGGAAAUCAUCCCUGACAUGGUAAAAUCAACUUGUAGUGAGUUUCUCACAUCAAAAAGUAACAUUUAAAUCCAACCUAAGUACUCUUACCACCAGCUGUGGCAGUACUGACAAAUACAAAAGUUCAGAAUCAUCAAUUUUACAUUCCAGCUUUUCAUAAGACAAUGAAAUGUGUGCAACUCUAUUUCUUAGUUUGAUGGGGAAAUUAUGGGGAAAUGUUUUCAAUAAAUUACAUGGAUCUCAAAUUUUCUCUUUAAAAUAAAAUUGAUAUCUACAUUACUGAAGUUAUUGAAGUUAUUAACCAUAUGUAGAUUUUGGUUCACCUAGUUAGCCUAAUAGUUAACCAAAAUCUACAUAUGGUUAAUAGAAGAUAUCACAUUACAUUUAUUUAUUUAGCAAAUACUAUUUCAGUACCUCAGCCCCUGAAUGAUGCUACUUUUGCCAGUCCUUCCACAUGCUUGCCAGUCCUGCCCCCUUUGUCUAUUGCCCCUUCCCCAAUUUAGCCCACCCAUCCUACAAAAACAGACAUCCUUUACCCUUUUUAAACUGUGAUGAUGGUGGUGACCCCCUAGAAUUGACUUGGAGGUGAUCGAACAAGGAAUUGUAACUUGGUGCACAAUUCCAUCCCUGGAGUAAGGCACAGAGCUCCUUCCUACUCACAGUACGCAAGAAUCCUAAACGUCUUACCAACCUGCAUUUGCUACCACAAAGUGCCUGCACUCUGCUUUAAGCAACUUGUGGUUCAUAUCUCUCGUACCUAUGACAGUCUGAUGGACAGGUUGUCCUGCCUCACUGUGGAGUGGCCUUUUACUCCCUUCCAGUUCUGUGAUCCUGAGAAUAUACCACGUCCUUCCCCAGACGUUACCCUUAAUCACUGAUAAAUGUCAGAUUCUGUUGUUCCUUUCAAUAGAUGAAAAAUGAUGUCACUGAACUAUUCCCACGGUACUCAUAAAACUUUGUCUCAACCACAUAAAAUAGCCUGUCUUUGAAGGACACCAGUACUUUAAAACAUGGAGAGAGAAUCAUGAGCCAGUGAUUUAUAUGAAUAUAUUGUAUCAGUGUAUAUCUAGGGUGAGAAAUAUUUUCCCCAGACAUUUCUGACGGAUAGUUACAAGUUCUGCUCUCCCUACUCAAAUCGCACACAGCCAACAUGGUGGUCUAGAGAUCUGGAAAGGAGUUAGUAAGUUUUGGAUCUCACUUCCAAGGCAUGGUCACACAUCAAUGACAAUCUUGCUUCUUAUUUAUCAGUUAUAAACAACACGGCUUUGUUGGCAGGUUUUAUAUUAUUAUUAUUAUUAUUAUUAUUAUUAUACAUAUGUAUCUUCCAUAGCCACAAAAUUUUCUAUCAGAGCUUCUACUCUUGUUGCAAAGCGAAUGAUUCAUGCAACGGUUAAAGUAAAAGAAGGUGGGAUGCUUUUGCAUUCAGAGCAGGUCUCCACAAACGUAUCCCUCAGCAUGCUCCACAGAAGAGGAAAUCCAAGCAAUGGCCUUUCACAUGACAUCAUAAAAGCCUAAUUUAUCACCAGCCACCAAACAUCUAGAAAAUCAUAACAUCCUUUCAGGAAAGCCAUGUGCAAAAUAAUCAGAUCUACUUUGAUGACAGCUUUAAUGCAUUGGUCCAAGUAGGACACUACAAAGAGUAACCCUUUGCAGGUACUUGUUUACAACACAUCCAGCUGCAUUCUUCACCUCAAGAGGAGCAUUUCCUGAUUUUCAUUCCAUACACAUACUUUCCCAAAUUAGUAUUAUUCAAGUGAGAUUCUAGUCCAGCCCACAUUCCAUAUUUAGAGUCGCUUUGUUAAUUCACGUGCAGGACGAAGGAUGGGGAAAUUUUAUAGUAAGUGAAGGAUCACCCAGCGUCGAAGGAGUUCUGUAGUAGCGUACAGUGCCCAAAUGGACAGGUUGUGAAUCCACAUAACCAAGGACAAAAUGGAGUAACCCUCUUUCUUCUGCCAUUGAACUCCAAGGCCAUAUGGCAGAACCCUCCUCAUCAGAGGCUUUGUCUAUUGAAUAUGAGAGAGAGAGAUCUCUUAUUCACUUAAAGCUGAAGCAGUUACCUUUUUCUUGAGGUGACUAAUAUUGUGAAUUCUCUGAGACAUAGCCUACUCACAGAGCUUGAGGUCAGGGGAGCACUGCAGACUGGCCCCCUAUUCUGGGUGCAAUGGAGACAAUUUGCAUCAUUUCUAAACAAGAAGGAAGUCAAGCAAAAGGCUUUAAGGCAUGGGCGUAGCCAGAAUUUUUGUGGGGAUGGGGCAGGCUUCUGUUAGGGGUGCAGGACCUCAGAUUUGUAUUGAUUUAGGGGGGCAGCUGCCCCCCUUGGCUACGCCCAUGCUCUGAGGGCAUUAACUAAAUGGGAACAGAGUUUGCUUUCCUAUACAACAGAUAAUACGGGGCAGGUGCCUGAGUUUUACACAAUCCUAUUAGGCACUGGUUCUGACAGCUCGAACAAACUAAAAGCUAUAUGGGAGCAGGACCUUGGCAGUGACAAUGAAGAGACACAAUGGUCAAGUUUGUGGACAAAACACCCAUUCAAAACUAUUUCUGCCCAAACAGGGAUCCCAAAAUCUGUGCUUGGUAUGACGAUGGUAUAUAUGACACCCAUCAUCCUCAAAUUAUCCCAUAUGCAAGACUCUUAAUUCCAAUUUGUGUUGCAAUGUGCUCUAACUAGGCGCCUUUGAAGCCGACUCAGAAACUUCAGUUUGUCUAAAAUGCAGCAGCCAGAUUACUGGCUGAGGUUCUAUUUGAUUUCACAAAACUCCUGUUUUAAAACUAAUGCAUUGGUUGCCAAUUCAUUUCUUGGCCCAAUUCAAGGUGCUCAUGUUGUUAUUUAAAGCCCUAAAUAACUCAUACCUGAAAGACUUCCUCCUUCCCAACAGAACCUUUCAAGUGCUGAGAUUUAUGUGAUUUUAUAAAAAAAAACUGUUUUGCUUUUAUAUUGACCGAUUAUGAACAGCAUAUAGAAGUGUCUUUAAGAGUGUUCAGCAAACUACCAAUAUAAGCUACAUGAAGCCAUUCAAAGCCAACCUAUAUACAAGGGUAUUAACAAGGAGUUUAUAAUCUUAAUCCAGCAAUCAAAAUCCAAUACAAUGAGCUAAUGUGGUACAAAUGGAGUCAAUGGAUGAUGCAACCAAGAAGACACUCUAAGCCAACUUUUGAGGGGAGCCUCAUAGGUGCGUGGAUCCAAGCUAUUUCAGUCUUUAUUUAUAGGAAAAAUUCUGAUUUUGAACUGCACUCUGCAUUCUGCAAGAAAGCUGUCCUGCCGGUGGCACACUGGAUAUGGCCCAAGUGCUCCUGUGCUCUGAGAUACCCAUCAGAUCUUAGUAACUUCUGCUUUUUAAAAUCACCACUUUCUUUUUGUGGCUCGCUGCUCUUUCAUUUGUCACUUCAGCCUUUCGGCUAACCUGCCCUUCUGAGGCUUAUUGCCACAGGACACAGUGAAGACUAACGUUACAGUGUCGAGUGAUCAGUUUGUUUCAUGGGUUCAAUCCACAGUGGGGUUGUAGUACUGUAUUUAAAAGCCCUCUACCACAUGAGGAGCAGGCUGCUUGAUGAGAUCUGCCCACACCAUGGUGGGCCUUUAUAAACAUCGCAGCAGCGUUGUGGGUUGAACCCACAGAAAAGCAGCUGCCCGGCUUCUGCUCUUAACAUCUGAAGGGCACGUAUCUGGGUUCAAAGAGAGGUGGACAAAUUCAUGAUGCACAGGAAUAUCAGUUAGCAUUAGGAAGAUUAUCACGGCAUGUGGAGUCAUGUUCAGGGUGUUUCUAAACCACAGACUGCCAGAAGCUAAGGAUGAGUGACAAGGAUCUGAUUGCUCUCAUUAUUGACGUACGCUGCUUAAUUCUCGCUAUGUUGUAGCUUUUAUUGGAUGCUACUGGAGACAGGAUGAAGGUUUAUGUGGACCAUAGGUCAGAUUCACAAAGGCUACUAAUAUUCUCUACUGCUCUUCUCAAUAAAAGACUUGCUCUCUUUUUCAAGCGAAAGCCAAUCUGUAUUUUCUGUUCCUCAGUUCUACCCAGAUAUCUUGCAAUACCCUGAUGAUCAUCAUUAUCUUUCAGUCUAAGGGUUUUUGAGCUUUGGUUUCCCUUAUUUUGAAUCCAGAUUUCCAGCCAGCCAUAUACCAACCACACACACUGUGCAAUCUGUUCAUUUUCUUUCCUUUACUAUUCCAGCUGGCACGCUUAUGGGGAACAUCCAGGUCAAAGGAUCGCUGCUGCCUUGUAUCCUCCGUUUGUUCCAGAGACAAAUAAAAGAAAGCAAUGCAUGCUGCACUGGAAGAAAUGGAUGAUAGCAGCAGUGUUGCAUAGAUUGCUCUCCAAACACUUCUGCUUGUAUUAUUUACAUGUGUGCGUGAAUCUUCUGCCAUACUGUUUACAUUUCGUAGAUGAGAAGGUACAUCCAGAGCAGUGAUGGGGAGCCUCUGACACAUGAGUCCAAUUAGGCCAGUUGGGUCUCGCCAUGUGAGGCAGCUUCAGUCAAGUCAUGCCCUGCUGCCAUACACUUGAUCCUCUUUUCAUGCAAAGACACUGUGCCUUUGCACAGUGAUUGCCAUGAUUAUAUGCUCAUUGUUGGCACCUGCAAACUCCUGGUGCCUUUGCCCAGGCAGGUUGAUUUCAAACCACGUGGGCAAAGGAAAACAGGUCACCUCAUCAGGUGAAUGACAGGUGGGCAACUCCAGCCACCUGUCAAAGUCGGCCCACAAGGGGCGGGGGGGUGUAAGGACUGUGGAACGCAACCAGUUCCUCACCCCUCUUCUACAGCUACUGAACUGAUCUAAUGAAUACAUUUCCCAGCAGUCUGGCUUCCAUCAUGUUAGGAGUGCCCUCACAGAUACGGGUUACCAAAAUGCCUAUAAGCAACUUUCUUUUUUUCAGGGCAUCAUCACCAAAUGAAAAUUGUCUUAAUGUCAGUCUGUCCUCUCUGUGAACCUCUUAGCUUAAAAACCGUCAAGUGAAAAUGGCAUUUUUGAUCGACUACCAAAGAAAUCUUGAUUAUUUCACCCUGCAGCAAACAUGAAGGAACAUUUCAGAAAAGGGAAAAUACACACACACAAACCUUGUCAUUUUCAAAUGAUCCUGCCCUAGUUACGAAGCUUCCUUUACAUCCAGAAGGAAUGGCAACACGGAAGCAUACUCUAUUUAGGUUUUCUUUAAGAUGCUGGCCUGGGGGAGGGGAAAAAUCCUUUCUGUUAAAUGUUAGACAUUGUCUAUGCGCUUCAUCUCAGGUGAUAAGUUUACUUUUAGAUGUUCACCCUUUUAAGUUAUUUAAGUACUGGCUACCAUAUGGGUUUUAAAAACACAGUUUAGGAACCUUUUAGAUGACAUAUGGAUGCCUCUAAGUCUAGCUAGUGUCCUAUGUAUGCACCUAUGUUUCAAAAUAAGCAGAUUUUCACCAUGUUGUGAAAAGGCCUUGGUGUUUUGAUAAUACAAUAGCUUUCAAAUAAUAAUACUUGGUAAACAGUUCUGUUGCUGCUAUGCAUAAUGAAGUUGAAACCACACAAAACAACUCAAAUAAUUGCGUAUCACACACAAUGGAAAAACCCCAAACCAAUGUUUAAUAUGGGUCAGAGUACAUUUAAGCAUAAGGAAGGAAACCAUCAUUACAUUCUGUGGUUUUGCUGCCAAUUUUUAAGGUACAACAUCAAUUACAGACGGAGAACUAAACUGGUUUUUCUAAACAUUUGUGGGAUGCAAAGGAGGUCCUUGACAGAUAUUUAAUAUCACGAUGUUAUCCUCAGUAAACAGCAAAGAACAGAAUGGCAAAGAGAGCUUGUUUUUCAGUAGGACCUACCUUUUGGAAUUGCUUAUUUUGGUAAUUAAAGUCAUAUGUUUUUAGUAAUGUGAAAAGGUUAAGAUCUUUAUUAGGAACAUGAACCACCUUAUGACAGUGUAACCCUGUAUGCAAUGGCUGAUGCUUCCAAGAGUUGCUUAUUUCUAUUCCUCCUCCUCCUCCUCCUCCUCCUCAGUGCUUACUCAAAGCUCACACGGUUUGGGAAAAUGUGAGCAGCACAAUGUAAAUAUAGUGUACAGUUGAAAAGAAGAAGAAAGCAUUUGGGACGUCCCACUUUCUCUAAGGGCUUCUAUGCGUUGUUUAGAAAAUUAUUUCCUUUGCAAUUUCUUUUAAAGCAAAGAGUAAGAUGGAAAGCAAAAGGUAGGAGUAAAGUUGUAGGACUGAUGAGAGAAGUGAUACAAAAAGAGAAACACCAAUUAAGUUGUUCCCUGAGCUACUUCAUCAUAUAAUUAACUGCUUGGGGCAAAAAGAUGUGUUCCUCCAUGCAGCCGUUUGAUUGAAACUACCAACGCAUGUUAAGUGAAGAAUUUGGUAUCUUCUUUGUGAGCAAAUUAAUACAGAUUAGGCCUCUUCUUUCUUUUCCAGUUCACAGCAGGUCUGUGCUGACAGAUCAGGAGUCAGAAUAUGUUCCACACCCGUGUCCAUCAAACUGACAGUUUUUAUUGCUAACACAGAGAUCCCUGGUUCCCCAUUCAUUGGUGUAUUUUUACACUGGAUUUUGGCUGGAGUGUCAAAAAGGAAUCUUUGACUCAGCUUUGUAAUGUGAGUUGUGAAACAUGGGAAUGGCAUUUCUCUAUCUUAGCAAGAAGUCCAACGUUCCCUGAGUUUAGGGGCAAAAGAAUCUAUGAAGUCUACAUUAACGUUCUUGUUAGUUCAGGUUGCCGCUUCCUGUAGUGUCAGGAUUUUGCUCCCUGCACUCAGACUUCCCAGGCAAUAAAGGAGAUGAUCAGGUCCAGCCAAAGAUAUUCUGCCGCCCGAGGCAAAGGUGUCCCCCAGCCCAAAUUCCAUGUGCAGAAACUGACUGGACUGGCAGUUCCGUCUGACUUUGAAACUGGCAACAAAACAGCAUCCUCAGUUGACCUGAAGACAGUAGGGUGUAUGUCAGGUUGUGUGGCACACAUAGCUCUAAUCUCUAACAGUGGGGAAUGGCAAGGGUCUCAGGAACAAUGGUCCAUCCCCCUGCAAGUACGUGCUGUCAGAGGGGUUUGCCUCACUCUGCCUAAUGAUAGGACUGGCUCCGGAGAUUAGGGUGUGCUGUUAUACAGGUUAUAUUAAUACAAUCAGUGAAUCAGCAUCUAACAUGGAUUGGCUGGAUUCAGAGGAGUGGUGGGAGGCAGCAACUGGGAGAUUUUCAAGGGAAGAAGGCUCAGAGCCAGGGGGUUGGUGGUGGGAUGACGAUGAGAUGUCAGAGGGAGUAGAGGAAGAAGAUUGGGAGGAGUAUGGGAAUGUUUAGGGAGGCAGGAGAGGAUAUGUGUAUGGGGCGGUGUGGGGUGGGGAGGGAAGACUUUUGCUGUAAAUUAGAACAAUCCAUAUGCACUCAAAUAGCUGCAGUUUUCAGGAGUGUUAGAUUCUGCACUUGGAAUUCUCAUUUAGCUAAAAGAUGUGUAAAAACAUAUGCAGGCAGACGGUUCUUUGGCAGCACACCUGAAGAAAAUCAAGCAUGUAAAUGAUUGCUUAUAAGUCCAAUAGUAACUCACGUUCACUAAAGAAGUUCCAGAGCUCUCUUUGGAGUAUGGUGGAAAUAAUUUAUUUGUUUUGUGGAAAGUACGCUUUCACAGCUAAGCAACAUAGCUUUAGGGAAUAAAUACCAAUGACAUAGUCACAUAGGACCUAUAAUCCAAUUUUUUUUUUAAAUGGUAGCAGAACAAUCCUGACAUAAAACUAAUGCCAAGAGGAGUGUAUCAUGCACUUCAAAAUGUUUUCCUAAUACAUCAGAUCUGAGAAGUGAAACUAAGAAGGGAACUGAAAACUUGAGUCAUAUUGUAAAUCCAUGGACUUUUCUAUACCCCAGGAAGAAAGACACCAUGAGCUUUGCAGAUAGGACCAUUAAGUCUUAAUUUGUGAAUCCUCUCCUGGUCAGCAAUAUGUAUGCUUUUUCUGGUCAUCAGUCCAUUACAACAAAUGCACAAACAGAGGAAUAGCCACAAAUGAUUUUUUUUUCUUUACAAGGAGAAUGUUAAGAGGCAAGAUGUGUUUUCUGUAUUCCCCAAACUUUCUAACCGGCACACCUACCUGAAAGUCGGUAAUGAGUGUCAACCUUGCAAAGGAAUAAUUUCUAGAGAAAGAAGAGUCUAGGCCUGCAAGUCACUCCCUGACUACCCCUGUUCACCACAAUAAUGGAAGUAAGGGCUCGACAUGAAGCCACCUAGUGGUGAGGGAAAUAUAUGAUACCCAUACCCAGAUGGGGUAUAGUCUUCAUAAUUUCACACAAUCCAGCAAAAAGCAAAGGGCAGAGGGAACAUUUUUGAAGGUCUGCAUCAACCUGACCGUUUCACUGAAAUACGCUGGCUAUUGCAAACGGUUGUGAAUUUGUCCUUUAACACUGAGCAUAUGGCAGCAAAACUUCACAUUAAAAAUACUUACAGUGGUACCUCGGGUUAAUUACUUAAUUCAUUCUGGAGGUCCGUUCUUAACCUGAAACUGUUCUUAACCUGAAGCACCACUUUAGCUAAUGGGGCUCCUGCUGCCGCCGCACGAUUUCUGUUCUUAUCCUGAAGCAAAGUUCUUAACCCGAGGUACUAUUUCUGGGUUAGUGGAGUCUGUAACCUGAAGCAUCUGUAACCCGAGGUACCACUGUAUUCUACUUAAAUCUUUCUUUUACAUGGGACUCACAAUGGUCUGAGCAGUUCAGUUUCAGCAAGGGUUCAAUAACAGAUGAUUCCCAGGUCUUGGACAACACCCAUUUCCAUAGUACUGGUGAGUAAAAUCCAUGACUAAAAUAUAGGUUGGUCGUACACACAGUGGAUUGCUCUUGGUGUUUACUAGAAGUUCAAGAGGCACUCAGUGAGGUGCUGACAUUUACGGAGGGAAGUUUUAUGAUGGGAAAUCUAUCCCUUACAUGACAGCUACAUUUCUCGCCCUGUAACAUGAUGAUCCAACUGAUAACAGCACUGUUUUAACAUGCUGCAAUAAAAACGUCUAAUUUCUUUUUGUUUUAUGACACUGGCUAAUUCUGGAAUGCUUUCAAGCAUGAUAUUGAUAUUCACCUGGGAUCCGCUUGCAUUCAGAAACAGCUACUUCCAAUUCAAAUUAUCAGACUAAAUACGGGAUCACAAACUGUACAGGAUCACAAACUGUAAGGAUUGCUACCAGGGCGAUUAGCAAAACUAAUCUACUGUAGAAUAGAGAAAACCCAAUGAUAAAUGAAAAUAAAAAAAUGAGAAGGCAUCAAUAAUGCUAACAUUAAAAUCCAAUAUAAAGCAACCUAGACACAGUGAGGAAGCAAUUUUCAUUAUCAACGCAAUAAGGAUACUAUGGUUGCAAUAGGAGAAAUGAUAAGACUUUUUCAUUUUAAGUGCAGAUCUCUUGUUCAAGCUGUAUUCACAUUGCACACAUUCACAUUCUCACUGGAGACUCCAGAAUUUGUAAGGACCUUAGAAUCAGAAUCGGGACUGAGCUUCAAAGUGCACAGUCCCAAAAUUCAGUGCUUCACAAAAUUAGGUGCCAUCCACAUUUUGAGUUAUUUGAGCCUAAUAGUUUCUACCAGCUGAUACACUAUGACUACACAUAGGCAAUUACUAGAGAAAUACGAAUAUUUACCAUUUACCAUUAACCUCACAGUUUAUCUGCCUGAACAGUCUCACCAGCUCUUAACCCCAAACCUCACCCUAAGUGACACCAGAAAGGUGUUGUGCAACUGUAGCUUCCAUUGUCCUGUUGCAGGGAUUACAGGGGAACCCAAAUUCUUCCCACACAAAGCACUUCUCUCUUUUUAGUCAGCUGGUGCAUACCUUUAUGGCCUCAGGCCAAACUCCCAGCGGGAUUUUGCCAGCUAUUCACAUUUAUCAGAAAGCUUUUACAAAUAUGGCCUCUAUCCAGAUUUUUUAUGUUUCAGCUGCAAUCUAUGAUCUCUUCUCCCAAGACAUCCCUGUAUACACAACGGAAAACAUUUAUGGCUCACUUUAAUUACAUUUCACUUUCCACUUUGGUGUAAAAAUGGCGCCCCCUCCCCACCAGGGAAGAAAGGGUGACUGAAGAUCUACAUCAGGAACAAGGGGGAAGUAAAUAUCUGCAUCGGGUGUGUGUGUGUGUUAUUGGGUUGUUGUUUUUAUUUUGAUUAUAUAUGUUGUGGUUUUUAUGUUGAUCUUUUCUGUGAACCGCCCUGAGACCUCUAGGUAUAGGGCGGUAUAUAAAUUCAACAAUGAUAAUACAAAUAAUAAUCUGCUGCCCCUGUGAAUGCUGUCACCUGAGGUAGUCACCUCACUUUGCCUCAUGGGUGGGCCAGUCCUGAACAAAGCAAACCAAUAAUUCCCCUUCCCUUCUCAACGCAGAGGCUAAAUCAGGCAUAGGCAAACUUGGCCCUCCAGAUGUUUUGGGACUACAACUCCCAUCACCCCCUAGCUAACAGGACCAGUGGUCAGGGAUGAUAGGAAUUGUAGUCUCAAAACAUCUGGAAGGCUGAGUUUGCCUAUACCUGGGCUAAAUGCUCACAGUUAUACUCUUCCAUCCCUGUAGUUGAAGAAACUACUGAUAUUUAUUUAUGCCAGGGAUGACUAUUUUUUUUUUUUAACCAGAAGGUCAUAUUCACUCUUGGCCAGCCUUCCAGGUGCCACAUGUCAGUGUGUGGGUGUGGCCAAAAUUGGGUGGCUAUUUAUACCCUUGCAACAUAUGCAUGGACCCAAACACAGCUUCCUCUCCUCAGUUGAUCCAUGCAGAUCAGAGGAAGGGUUAUUUCGCUCAAUCUGAGGACCCAGAAGGAGCUGCUGGGUGCUGGGAUGGGCAGAGGUUAAAAUUGAUUUGCUCACGGCAGCACCAUGUCUAAUUUGGGGUUUUUUUUGGGGGGGGUGAUCACUGCCAAACUUGAUGGGGUCUUGAGGGAACAGAAAGAAAUUGCUGUGUGUUUGGGGGGCUGGAUAAGUCCCUUCGGCCAAGGUGAGUCACUCCUGAUUUAUAUAAUUCUCAUAAAGCCAUCAAUAAAGAGGAACAAUAAAACAGCAAAUUAAAGUAGCAUUUAAGCAAUCAAAAGCCUUAAAUGGUUCUGAAAGGAUAAGAAUGUAGGUGCCAGGCAAGCCUCCUCAGAGAGGGAAUUCAAAAAGUUGAGCACUGUAGCCAGGAAGGCUCUCCCUUUAUACAAUGCAAUACAUGCAUUAUAAGUGAGACUGCUUCGAAAGACACAAAUAAGUCUAGAUUACUUACUAGGACAAACAGUAUGGAAUGCAUGUCAUCUGUAUUAACAGCCCCCUACUGGUUUCUGUGGGUUAAACCACUGUGCUGCUUGGGCUUGCCAGCUGGAAGGUCGGUGGUUCAAAUCCCCGCGACGGGGUGAGCUCCUGUUGCUCGGUCCCAGAUCCUGCUAACCUAGCAGUUCGAAAGCACGUCAAAGUGCAAGUAGAUAAAUAGGUACCGCUCCGGUGGGAAGGUAAGUGAGAUUUCCGUGCACUGCUCUGGUUUCGCCAGAAGGGGCUUAGUCAUGCUGGCCACAUGACCCGGAAAAAACUGUCUGUGGAAGUGGACAAAUGCUGACUCCCUCGGCCUUUAAAGCGAAAUAAGCGCCACAACCCCCAGAGUCGUUCACGACUGGACUUAAUUGUCAAGGGUCCCUUUACCUUUACCUUACUGGUUUCUGGUAAAUUACCAGAACAUUCAAUGAACAGCGAUGCAGUUUUAUUGCUAGGUUUGCAGUUUAUAUUUUGUUUUCUCUCGUCUUUGUAUUUCUGUAUUCUCUAACCUGAUAAUGGCAUUUUCAUACUGAUUUGUUUUACGAUUAGUAGUCACCUUGUGAGUUUCUCAAAACUGAAAUGCUGGAUAUAACUACCUUAGGCACACAUACACAAGCAAAUGAAGGGCUAAAUUGUCAUUAUUUGCAAGCACAGGAGCCAACACCCCCCCCCCAUAAAAUAGUUGGCGGGCAUUGCCGUUCAAAUGGUGCGUGUGACGUGUCAUGUGAUUGAUUAUGCAGGGCAGGGAUGAUCUGCCCCGGCCCCCAAUAUUUUAUUCAAGUUGGCACCCCUGUGUGCAGGUUUACACCAUCCUUUGAAAUGUACUGCUCUUGGUGAAAAUAUCCACACUCAAGCUUUUUUAAAAAAUGGAAUACAGUGGUGCCUCGCAAGACGAAAUUAAUCCGUUCCGCGAGUGUCUUCGUCUAGCGGUUUUUUCGUCUUGCGAAGCAACCCUAUUAGCGGCUUAACGGAUUAGCGCUAUUAGCGGUUUAGCGGCUAUUAAAGGCUUAUCGGCUUAUCGGAUUAGCUGCUAAAAGGCUAUUAAAGGCUUAGCGGCUUAGAUAAAGGGGGGGGAAGCGAAAAAAAAUCUCAAGACUCGCAAGACAUUUUCGUCUUGCGAAGCAAGCCCAUAGGGAAAUUCGUCCUGCAAAGCAACUCAAAAACGGAAAACCCUUUCAUCUAGCGGGUUUUCCGUCUUGCGAGGCAUUCGUCUUGCGGGGCACCACUGUAUUUUCCCCCCUUUUAAUAUUAAAAAAUUUAAUCAUCACUGGUCAAAGAAUAUGCAUUUAAUUUUGAAAAAUGCAAUCUCUUGCUUGGAAAAAGAGAUAAAAUAAUUGUUUUAAUUAUUUUUGUGCAAGUUAUGCUUUCGGUAACAUUUGGGUCUAAUGUGUUUUUUUACUGCUAGUGUGAUUUUAUUAGGCAAGGCAAGGUGAUUAGCAGGUGGACAUGACUACGUUCAUUCAGGAAAAUUGGGAUACAGUGGUACCUCGGGUUACAUACACUUCAGGUUACAGACGCUUCAGGUUACAGACUCCGCUAACCCAGAUAUAGUACCUCGGGUUAAGAACUUUGCUUCAGGAUGAGAACAGAAAUCGUGCAGCGGCGGCGUGGUGGCAGCAGGAGGCCCCAUUAGCUAAAGUGGUGCUUCAGGUUUAGAACAGUUUCAGGUUAAGAACGGACCUCCGGAACGAAUUAAGUACUUAACCCGAGGUACCACUGUGCAGGAUAUAAGUCAAUUUCGAAUUAAAAUGCUUCAGAGUUGUUGUGCGUAGAUGAAUCUAAGCUUCAGAAGUCAGGAGGAAAUCUUCCCCAGAGAAAUAGACAAAGCAUUAUAUACACCCUUAAGUAUUUACGCAAUGACAGUCACUGCAUUGUUAGCCUACACUAAGAUACUAUUGCACAUAGGAUGUCCCAGAUGGCCCAGAAGUGACCUUUCAGAGAGUGAUCACACCCUAGGGUGUCUAAGUACUAUUGCAACACACCAACGUGGACUGAAAAUCCACAGGCAAGAAACAAAGGAGUUUAAUUUUAAUGAGAAAAGAAGUGGGCCGGGUUCACUGAAGCUGCAACAGAGAGGAUUAGAUUUAGCUUUCUCCUGCCAGUAGCACCAUGUGAAGGAUUCCAUGCAAGUUAGGACAGAGUAUUAUUUCUUUUGCCUGACCUCAAUGUACCUGGUAGGUGUGGAGAAGGGACAGGCGCUUUAAUUCCCAACUGAGCUGCACAGGGAGGAGUAUCUGUGAGAGAAGAUCCUAGUUAAACCAUGCACUGCUCAGUCUCCCAGGUUACACCUACUCGGUCAGUGGACCUUUUUAAAACACUGAGCCACAAACACACUUUACAAAGGUAAGAACAGAAACCAGCUUUUUCUGUGACAGUGGUUGUUCACUAGUAUGCACCAUUCUUUCUAGAAGCUGAGUGUGACAUCUUGAAUAGCUCAUGUCAAAUCAUUCUAGAUCAGUGUUUCCCAUAUGGCCCCCUGGGAGCCCCCAGGAUAUUCUAAGGGCCCCCCAAGUGAAAAAUGUGUAAAUGGGGAGCCACAGCAAGAGCCUUGGGAACCACAGAGGGAAGGGACAAGUGAAUUUUUAAAAAAUCCUGAUUGGCUAUCUGCUUGGCCAAUCACAAGCGGGUAAGGGGGCGGUCCACCAGGGACUAUCACUCCUUUUUGCCAGGUGCAAUUUUAUUGGAGCAGUCCUAGUUUGUUUCCAGCGGGAGAAGGCAAUUGCUAAGGCUCCUUUUUGACCAGUAGGGCCCAUGAUCCAGAACCCCCAGGUCAGGUAAGUGCGGUGGUGGGGUGGCAAUGGGUAGGGCUGGGAGAGCCAGAGCUGCUUAUUGCUGCCACCAGUGCAGCAGAUGUUUGAGUAAAGCAGGGAUAGAAUGACACUGAGAUAAAAAUGCCAAAUUUAAUCAGCAUCAGAAGUUAGAGUAAAUCAGGGAUGGAGAAUUACUGAGAGGGAAAGUCGCCAUUUUAAACAAUGGCAGAGAUUUGAGUACAGCGAAUUCAGUUUCUUGAGUACAGCAAGAAAUGAGUUUGGAAAGGCUCUGUUGUGUUAGCUUUUUUGGUGCUAACAUCUCUGCUGUACCCAUCUCUGCUAUUCUUCAUUGUUAAAACUAGGUGGGUUUUGUUUAACCCUUCAGUGUUCCUCCAUCCCUGCUUUACUCAAACCUCUGCUGUUUCCAUCUGAAAUUCCAUUCUCAGUAUCCUUCCAUCCCUGUUUUACUCAAAACCCUGCAGUUAUUUAAAACGGCCAUUUCCCUCUAAGUGACCCUCCUUAAAGUUCUGCCAUUGUUAUGCCAGACACUCACUUCUUCUAUUCUUAUUAUCAAACAUAAUUCAAAUGGUCCAUUUUAAAAUCCUGUCUACCUUGGGCAAGCUGCUUGGCAAAACGUCAUAUAUAGCAGCAAAAGCAUGAUUUCACCCAAUGAGGAUGGGAGGGAUCUCCUUUUAAACCUAUGUUGCACUGAAGUAACUAGAACGUAAUUAAUACAGCUGGCAUAAUUAACUGAAGCAUACUGUUGGCACGACUGAAUUUAGGCCUAGAGGAAAAGUGUGGUUUGUAAUAUGACAUGCAUGAUGCAGAGAUUAUGUAGUUCCUAUCUUGGAUACUUAGCUUUAAUGGAUCGUAGCACGUCUGAACUAGAACUAGCAAAGGGCACACCUCAGUAUUGACAAUCACGGUGGUUAUGAUGUGCUCUAUUAGCCGUUAAUUGAAUUCAGCCCUCAGGCUUCUAGCAAAUGAUAGCAGAUUUCUUGCUUUCCCAUUUCCCCCCAUGAUAAACAUUUGGAACCCAGCAGCAACCCUAACAGAAGAAGAGACAUUCCACAGCUUCACUGUAGAAUUUUGAUGUAUUAUUGUGUUUUAAAAUAUGGAUUCAAUAAUUGUUUAGUUAUACCAGCUCAUGUUAACGUUUUUCAGAUAGUAUUGGAAAUGUUUAGGUGUGGCCUUUCCAUCAGCUGUCUCGCAUGGAAAGUAUAAAGGAGUGUAAAGAAGGAGCUCCCUUUCAAUCAUCCAAUAUUGUUCUCUACAACCCAAAUAAAAGAUUGCACACACUUGUCCAAUAAGAUAAAAUACGCUCGCACUAUCAGUUUAAAAACAUUUCCCCACUCCUCCCCAGAAACAAUGCAAACCAUUUCUCAUUCUACUUUAUUAUGGGGUUGGAAUUAGAAAGAAAGAAGGUUAUAUUUAUGUUUUAUACCAAAUGUUUAACUCUGAAUAUGCUCAAAGAGUUGUACAGGGGUUGUAGUUAAUAAUCUUGGCUCCUUUGGUUCAGCUAAAAUGCAAUCCGCACUAUAAUAAACACAUUAAAAAUUCAUACUGAAGUAGUUCAAACUAUACCCUUAUUAUAAUUUACUUCCACGGUCUUCAUCAGUAUCAUUUAUAUCUUACACAUGUGGUGUAUAAAUAUAACCUCUUGAGGCACAUAUAUACAUUUGGAUUAUCCUAUGAGUAUUAAAAAAGAAACACUCCAAUGCAGAGUAUGAUUAAUUGACUUAACAGUUGGUAGUUUAGCUUUUGUUAAUAUCCUCAAAGGCAGUUUAUACUUUGAACAGUUCAAUGUAUAUAAUCACUAUUAUUUUAAAAGGGUCCAAUCCCAUCUUUGAAGGAAGAAAUGUAAAUGGCUAAUGUAAGCAUUAAAACUUGAAUAACACUCCCAAGGAAAAGGGAUAAAUUGCGCCAACCUUUGACUGAAAACCCCCACAUACAUCAUAAAACUUAAGUGGGAGAGUACGGGCUAAUGAUUAAAAGAUGAAAAAUUUGGGUGGCUUCAGACAUGCAUUUACCACCUCAGAUGCUGGAAGUUUUGCUAAGUACAUUGCUGAGCCAUGCCAGGUUUUCAGUGCUGUCAGAAAGAGACGAUUAGACAUGAAUUUGUGUGUGGUAGCAAGCACUGUAUUUGCCAAAACUAUCUUUUUGGAAGUGGUACAUUCAAAGCUGGAGAGUUUGGGUUUCAGCUUCUCUUAAUUUUGGGUAAAUGGUUUAUUUUAUUUAAGGGAUAUAUACUUAUUGUUUCGGUUACUUUCUCCACAGCUGUGAUAACCUUUGCUGACUCGCCCCCUUACCCCCGUCCCAGGAGAAUAUCUUACAGUAAGCCAUGUGGGCCUCAUAUAAAGACAAAUAUGUUAUGCACCUGCCCUUCAGAACUACUUUUUAAAUUCACAUGCAAAUUUAUUUAGAUUUGCUUCAUUAAUAAAUUAAUCAACCAAGAUUUUUAAACUUCUGGACACAGUCAGUCUUGGCGUCUAGGUGCAGUGAUGGAUGAGAUGAUGAAGAAAAAGAGGAAUGAGAGGAGAAGUAACUUGGGAAAUACAAAUCGACAGCCAUGGCAACAUCGGAAGCUGCUUUUUACUGAGUCAAGCCAUUGGUCCAUCUAGUUCAGUUUUGUUUACACUGAGUGAUAGAGGUUCUUCAGGCCUUCAGAUGAGGAUCUUUCCCAGAUGCCAGGGAUGGAACCUGUGACCUUCUGCAUGCAAAGUAGUUGCUCGGCCACUAAACUAAGGUCUCUUGUCUUGUCUGAUCAUAUAUUGCUUUGAUGAAUUUAACACAGAAUGAAAUAGUACAGUGUUCUCCAUCCUCGGGUCCCCAGAUGUUGUUGGAAGACACCAUCCCUGCAAUUGGUCAAGCCGGCUGGGAAUGAAGGGAACUCUAGGCCAACAACCUGGGUGGACUGAAGGUUGAUGAACAAUGAUAAUAGCAGAAUUGGAAAAACAGUCACAAAAUUAGACAAGAUUACAUCUAAUUAUUCCUUUAAAGAAGGACUAGUGUUCUAAAUCUAAGAACUCUGAUGGGGAAUAGAAUGGAGAUUUAUAAUAGAAGGCAUCAUAAGUUGUAAAGAAUAUGUGCGCCCUUGGCAUUUAUGAGUUGUUGGUAAAAGUGAAGUCUGGAUAAGUUUGUGAGAGAUGGUUUCACUUAUGUAAUAUUUUAUUGUUUAAUAGGCUGAGGGAUUUGAAGCAGCGCUCUGUGGUACGGAGGCAAGCUGUGCAUCAUCUUGAUCCUAUUCCUGGCUAUUUAAUUCGCAGCGAACACAGCGCUUCAACCAGCACCUUCCUGAGCUGCGCUUGAUGAAUAAGUGCAAAGGAGACAAACGGAGAAUGAAGACUUUGUUUUUGUUUUUCCCCUCCAAAUCACAAAGGCUUAAAAAAGCAACUGCACACUUCCUACUCGACCUGAAGGCCUUUGCCCAUGGGCAAGGCAAAGGAAAGCACUUUGUUUAAAAGGAGUGUUGGGGGAAGAGCUGGUCACAAUACUGAGAUCGAUCAAAGUCUAGCAUUUCUAUCUUAUCUAUUUGGAAUCGUAUAAUUUGAGAAUUAAGAUGCCCCUAAGCUUCGCUCCUCCCCACCAUCAAAUUACAUUCAAUCAUGGCGUGCAGAAAAGCGGUCCAUGAGUUAGCAGCCAGAUGUUAUCAUUACAGGCCUUUGCUUAUAAACCGAUGCUGAAACCUGAGUGGUUGAUGAGGCUAGCUAAGCAGUUGUACCUUUGACCUGAUUGCAUUAAACUUGCCCUAUCAAUUUAAGCUUAGUAUAAACACCAUUUCCCAGAGUCCCUCAUGACUUCGGUGGUGAGAAGAAGCUGACUAAGCCUAAACAUUUUUUAACAGCAAUCUUGUCUUACAACACCAAGGGGAUUUGCUAUGUAUCUGGGGCUUUAUAAAACCAUAUGAACAUGCU